CGCCUCUCCGGCGGCUCGUGCGCAUGCGCCUUGGGAGCAGCGUCCGGGGCAGGCAAGCAGUCUCUCCCUAAUGUAAGAUGGUGGCCGGUCUGGCAGCGGAGCGCGCAGAGCCUGGAGAUUACCCGUCUCUCACAUAAAGGUCGUCGGAGGAGCCGCCCGGACCCCUUCCCCGCUGCUACAGAAGCCGAGCGAGCGAGCGAGCGAGCGGGAGGAAGGGAGCGCGAGAGGGUAUCGCCGCCCCCGCCGCCAGACAGCCGGUCGCCGUGGAGCAGGGACGACGAGGCGGCGGGUGAGUGAGCAGCCGGGGCUCGGGGAGCGCUAGCCGGGGCUGCCUAGCUACGAGAGAGCGGAGGCUUCGCGGGGAGCCUGCAGGCCUCGGCCAUCCCUCAUGCGCCUGCUCCAGACCCUGGGCCGGCGCCGGGGCUCCCUGUGGCCGGAGGGGCGGGAAGGCGGGCUGGGGCCAGCUAGGGCGGCUCCUGCCCCUGCGGCGGCGGCGGCGAGGGCCGGCUCGCCUCCCUCAGGAGCGCAAGGGUGGUCCGAGGGGUUGCCGGCGCCUGGCCGCUCGCGCCGGGGACCAGCUGGAUGGAGAGGGGGCUCCGAGCGAGGCGGAGGCCACGCUGUGGCUGCUCAGGGCGGGGGCUGGGGAGGCAAGAGAGGCGGAGGGCUCUCGGGCAGCGCCUCCUUCGCAUCCCCAUCCCCACCCCUCCGCCGCUUCUCGCGUGUGCAUGUUCAGGAGGGACCUAUCGCUCAUAGGCUUUGGGUCUGAUAAGGUGCUGAGGAGGAGGUUUCUCCUCCUUCCUUCCAUCCACAGUAUUGAAAGAGGUGGUGGUUGGUGGGGAGGGGAGUAUCCAGGCUCUCCAGCAGCAGCACGUGUGUUUGGUAGUGGGUGGCAGUUAAGUGUCCCCUCUUGCCCUAUUGUGAUGGGCAUUUCGAAUUUCCCUAGAUUUUUAAAAUUUCCUCUUACGUUCCCGUACGGCUUUCCCAUUAUACACAAGUCAGUUCCUCAUGCCUUAAGUUUUGUAGGAUGCUCCGAUUAAGUAAGGUUGAAGGCCUUUCACCGCUUUCUCUUCCAUGGUCUGCAUUUCCUUUCUUCAUUCAAAGUGAGGUUAUGGUUCCUUCAUGUAUCUCUCUCUCCCCCUCCGCCACUCCACACAUACUUUUUUAUUUGGGUAGUAAUUCCUGACAGAUUUCUAUACCCUGUGUACUAAAGGUAAACAUGUUUCUCAGGAGGAAAAUCUAUGCUAGUGUAGGACAUAUAUUGUAUGUAAUGUAAGCCUAGGAAGUAAUGCAGUCAGGAGCUGGGGUCUAGAAAUUGGCAUGUAAUUGGCUUCCUAUACCUUUCACUACUUAAGGGCUUAAGAGUUCUGCUUGUGACUUCUAAUAAAUUGGUUUAGGUUGAAGUGGUGGUGAUGUGCAUGCUGUAAUACUGUCUGUUUUUACCUUUUUUUUUUUAAAAAAAAAUCCAGCUCAUAUUAGCUACUGCCUUUGUGGCCAUAGGCAUGUUAGCAUGGUGAUAGUAAUAAUAAGAGCAAAUGAUUAUUAACUGACUUUUUAUUCCUUGGAAUUAUAACUACAAAAGAAGUUACGGAACAAAUUAUUAAAUAUGUCUGGUGUACUUGAUCCUUGUGGUUCAACAAAUUCACAGUCCCCAUAAAACAUGUAGUUUUAGGAAAUCUUUUGUUCAAGUAACUUCAUACAGUGGUACCUCAGGUUACAUACGCUUCAGGUUACAUACGCCGCUAACCCAGAAAUCGUGCUUCAGGUUAAGAACUUUGCUUCAGGAUGAGAACAGAAAUCGUGCUCCGGCGGCGCGGCUGCAGCAGGAGGCCACAUUAGCUAAAGUGGUGCUUCAGGUUAAGAACAGUUUCAGGUUAAGAAGAGACCUCCGGAACGAAUUAAGUACUUAACCCGAGGUACCACUGUAUAUGGUUUGAUAGUCAAACACAUUAUACCAGGUUUUUUAAAUCAUUCUGAAGUUCUUAGUUUCUAAUCCCCCAAACAGAAGUAACACAUGCAUCAGUUUAUAUAUGUUUGACAGUUAGACAUAUGUAACUUUUUUUAUUUGUAUACCAACUUUCUUGACUUGCCAAAAAAAUGAAAGUUUUUUCUAAGUGAGAAUUGUCACUGUAUGUAUGUGGCCACUGUACAGGGCCACAACAACUGGAACAAGGCAUUUAUAACUGUGUAUUUUCAUUAUUAUUCUUGGCUUCUUUAAGAGACAAUAUUGCUAAAGGUAUCGGAUCACGUUGUUUAAGUUGGCAUCUUUGAGCCAUAUGUCUUGGGAGAGCCUAAUCAAUUCAUACUGGACUAAUUUGUUAGAAGAAUAAAUACACACAACUUCUGCAUUUCUCAUAGGUCAUAACUGUGAAAUAACCAAUGUUAUUUGGUUAACUCAUCACUGACUUCUUAAAAAGUUGCAUAAUGUGAGACUUCUCUUGAAGCAUAUGCCUCCUAAAAAUGUAAUUCGAAGAAUGUAUGCAGAGCAUCACAAUACAAGUUACAUCCAAAAUAUACUACAUAAAGAUUUUGUAUGCUCCCAUCCAGAAUUACUUCUGACGCAGGUGCUGUAAACAGUAGUACUGCACAGUGUGAACAAGUCUGAGUUACUGCAGAAGGUAAUCAAAUUCAGUUGUAGGGUGAUGGUCUUAUUGACCAUUUUCAUUCCAUUUGCAAAUAUGUAAUGUCCUGCUGGAAUGAAGCAAUUGUUUAUAUGGAAAAAUAAUAGAAUAUCAUAAUUAUUAAAUCUUUUCAGAAUGUAUAUAUGCUCUUCAAUUCAUGCGUCUUUCCCAUAAACUCUCACUUGAAUGUUUCUUCAGGUAGAAAAGGCAAAUGGCCAGCCCUAUUACUUUUUCUGGGUUUUCUUUUUUCAUAGAAUCAUAGUAUUGUAGAGUUGGAAGGGACCAUGAGGAUCAUCUAGUCCAACCCCUUGCAAUGCAGGAAUCUGUUGCCCAAUGUGGCGUUCAAAUCCACAACCCUGAGAUGAAGAGUCCCGUGCUCUUCUGGCUGAGCUACCCCCCUUUUUUCCAGUACACCACGGGGGUGGGGAUACUUGAAUUCUAAGUGGGCUGUAGACCUGAGCACUUAUAUAAAUAAUAUGUGGAAUUUAUCCCUUUUGAUUGAUGGGAAGAUUGAGGCAUAAAGUUGGCAUUUGGAGAAGUCUUCAAGUAUUUCUCUUUUAGGAUGGUAUGGGAAAAAGAAGGUGCUAUAGGGAAAGUGAAUGCUUUCCUACCAAGAGAAGGGGCAUUUUGAAGAGUGAUGUCACCAUGAAACCUAUUUGCCAUAGAAUUAGUGCAUAAGGUGUAUGGGUUAUUCAUUCAUUUGCAGGUAUAGGAAUAAUGUAGGUGCCUUGUUCUGCAAAAGAGAAAAGCAGUACUUCUCUAGGUAAUCUCAACUAAUUUGCAGUAAAAUACAUAGACAUAAAACUAUUACUCAAGUACAUAUCUUGAAUUGUUGACUAACAUGAUUGAAAUGUUUUAAUAUAAUUAAUUAGGAGGAACUGCCCAGCUACUUGCUUAGAAAAACCAAUUUUGCUAAAAUCUCAUGUACAUGAGAGGUUGAUGAUAUAAUGUGCUAGAGUACUUGAUACAUUCAGUUGCUGAACAACUUAGCUAGAGCCCUAGUUCAUAAGCUUUGCUUCAGACUAUUUGUAGUGUUCAUUAAUGGUGGUUUCUUCAGAAUGUGGUUGCAGCUUUGAAGUACUAAAAGUAAUUAGUUUUGAAAAGUUAAUAAUAAUAAUAAUAAGAAGAAGAAGAUACUGCAUCUAACAGCUCAAAAAAUGUUAGGAGUGGGCAGUUGUUAUCCAGGUGCUUAGUCUAGGCACCAGAAGCUUCUGAUAAGAGGCAGUAGUGUAGGCCUGCUAUCAGGCCAGCUACUAGCUCACCUAUGUGGAUUAUUCUAUACAUGGGCAAAUAACUCUGUUAACCCUCUUGUCUCCAGUUUAUAUUACACAGUUUGUAACACACUCAAAUAUGAAAAGCAACUGGGUUUUGAGCAGAGUUUUUGACAAUAUUCAGCUGGUUAUUGUCAUUUGCCUAUUUCAUGGCAUAUUAGUGGGAGUCAGGGAUUGAGAUAGCAGAAGGAUGCCAAAAUAUGGUGUUGUCCACAUACUUCAUGUUUGCAUUAACAAACCUUUUGCCUUUUUCUUGGCUUCAGUUAUAGUGAGCUAUGAACAGAGCCAAUAUUGCUACCCCUUCAGUCCUUGCAUUACUCAAAACAUAGCCCCUCUCAAUUAUUAGUUGCCAAUGUGACUUUUAAAUUUGCAGGUUGAGAAUAUUCCAGAUUAACUGUAGUGUUAAUCUGAUAAAGCAAAGUUGUCACAAUAAUCAUUUUACAUUUAAUUUAAACUUUAUUUCUGCCCUGUUGGAAGUAAUUGUUUGGCUUCUACAAGGGAUUUUUCUCAUUCUUGAAGGGUUAUUAUUCUGUGGUAGAGCACAUGGUUUACCUGCAGAACACCCCAGGUUAAAUCCUAACGUCUCCAGUUAGAAGGCUUUUAAAUUUAGGGUUGAGAACGACCUCUGCUUGAGCCCUUGGGAGAGGUACUGCCAGUUAAGAUGGACAAUACUGGGGCUACAUAGGCCAGUGGUCUGAUUUGGUAUAAGGCAGUCGUGUCUUCAUCUGACUCAUUGACCUCUUUAAUUCAUGAUACCACCCUGGUUUAAUUACAAGCUUUGAUAAGCCAUAGUAAGGAAGAAUGAUGUGCAUUUUAUCGAUACAAUAUUUCAAGAUGUUCAGUAUUUGCUGCUGUCCAAGCAUAUAGGGUGGCAUGUACAGGUGCAGAAAAGGGUAGCAAUGGCUACUAGCUGUGAUGACUGUAUAUUCCAGUGUCAGACGCAGUAUGCACCUGAAUACUUGGGGACUCUGAGUGGGAAAGUGCUAUUGUGCUUAUGUCCUGCUUAUGGGAUUCCCAUAGAUACCUGGUUGGACGCCGUGGGAACAGAAUGCUAGAGUAGAGACUAGAUAGACCUUUGGUACAAUUCAGCAGUGCUCUUAUUAACAUUUUAAGUACAAGCAGCUAUGUUUACAUGUAGGCUUAAAUAUAUUUAUAUUAUAUUUUUGGCCAAGAUGGAAGUCUCCUCCCUGAAAUUUGGAGAGAGUUACAGGGAAACCAACAGCAUUGCAAAUACAGUAUGGUGGUACCUCGGGUUAAAUACUUAAUUUGUUCCGGAGGUCCGCUCUUAACCUGAAACUGUUCUUAAUCUGAAGCACCAUUUUAGCUAAUGGGGCCUCCUGCGGCUGCCGCGCCACCGGAGCACGAUUUCUGUUCUCAUCCUGAAGCAAAGUUCUUAACCCGAGGUACUAUUUCUGGGUUAGCAGAGUCUGUAACCUGAAGCAUCUGUAACCCGAGGUACCACUGUAUUUAAGAUCAUUUUUUAAAGAAAUGUUUUGAGGAAUACGGGGCUAAUGCAUUUUAAUCAUAGGAAUAGCAUUUCUUAGGCAAGGUGGAAGCUGUAAAUUGUAAAUUUGCUCCUGUUGUAGUGAAGCUUGACUAUUAAAAAAAAGGUGCAGGGGUAUUAACUUAGGCUUAUUGUUAUGAGCAUGAAUUGUAUUUGAAUUUUCAACAGGCCAAUCUUAUUUAAUUUUUAUAUCUAUUCACAGUGAGGGAACAAGAAACCCACCUGUGCAAAUGGCUGAUCAGACAGCAAGUACUCAGUGGAGCUUCCUUUCAGCUCUGGUUUGAUUGUGGUAAAACAAUCUGAACUGUGCUUAAGACACCAGUUUAGUUUAUCCCAGCAGAAUUCUUAAAUGUCAAGCCUAAACAUCAAAUCUUUUGAGUUUCUUGGAGGAAAAUUGUGGUUUUGUUGUACCCUGUCCAUGGUGCUGCAGUGAAGGUGACUUUCUAUAUUAGUAAGCAUGUGUUCCAAACCAAUGUGGUCUCCAUUUUGUUUGUUGAAUUAUUGGAUCAACAACUAUUGAACUAAUAUUUAUUAUGCUCCUUGGAGUAUACCUGUGAGUGAUGGGUUGUAAUAAGUAAAUUAAGAAGUCUUCAUGAAGGAUGAUGUAAUUCCAAUGAGAACAUUACCUACAUGUUUCUUGUUCAACAGUUGGCUUGUUAAGCCAUGGCAGUUAGCUUUCAAAUAAUUUAUUGUAUGUGUAGAUUGCAGGGACGCGGGUGGUGCUGUGGUCUAAACCACAGAGCCUAGGGCUUGCCAAUCAGAAGGUCGACAGUUCGAAUCCCUGUGACGGGGUGAGCUCACGUUGUUCGGUCCCAGCUCCUGCCCACCUAGCAGUUUGAAAGUACGCAGUGCAAGUAGAUAAAUACGUCCCGCUCCGGCUGGAAGGUAAACGGUGUUUCUGUGCGCUGCUCUGGUUCGCCAGAAGCAGCUUAGUCAUGCUGCUUGUGUAGUUGUGUUAACCUUUCAUAGAGUUCUUGAGAAAACUUGCUAGUUAUUUGUGCUCUGCAAGAGUCGCCUAGAAAAAUGUCCAGUUGACAACCUCGGUGUACUUCGAAUGCCACACACCUGCCAUUGUAUGGUGGCGUAUUAAUUCCUGAUUUGACAUUAACUUUUUUGAAGCUGUAGAUUUAGCUUGUGCCAGAAUGUAUGUUUAAUAGUACUGUGUUUAUAAACCACAUUUAUUCCAGUGCACUUCAGAUACUUUACAAUGUAAGAUACAUACUUAAACAAUAAUUAGAGGUAUACAAAAGACAAAACGGUAAAACAGCAAAAUUGUCUCAGGCAGUGUUCGAAACUCCUAUUGUUCUAGGCACAUUUUGCAACAGGUAUUUUCAUUUGUGUGAGCCGUGUGUUCUGGGCACAGUACCGCACCUAAGAUUUCAGAUUAAAUCUGCAGAGUGGAAGGAAAGGAGUACUUUUUUCUGCCUCCAUGCCUCCAGCUACUCUCCGAAGACUAGAGAAGAGACCCUCUUAAGACUAUUAGGGGGGUGGGCAGGGGAAGGACUAGACCAUGUGAAAAAUGAAUGUAAUAUUUUAGCUGCAGUUCAAGCAUUGGAACAGCCAUGCCAUCUUGAUGAAUUGGGCCAGGUUGGCCUCCCCUAUGUCAUGUUAUUUUUCCUGAAAGUCAGGUGGUUCACGCUCCCAGUGACACUUUGUCACCUGACUAGUGAUAGAGGUCAAUUUACCUCCUGUCAGCUGUGCAUUUCCAAGCAACAUACAAGAGUGCAUUAUAUAAUGUUCUAUUAAGAUAUGCAUGCAGACAACCCCCGAUUUGCGCAGGGGUUGCUUUUCUGGUCAUUGCACACUUGCCCCUGUUCCACCCUUUUAGUGACAUCUUUAAUGACAUUUGCAGGUUCAGCGUGUGUGUGCAAUUGCACACAUAUUGGUCACACCUAAAACGGGGUUACCCGUAUACCUUUCAUAUGCUUAAGGUAGGAGAUUUAAGUUAGGUUUGAAAUAAAUCAGUAUUAUAUACCAACUUGUCCCCCUGAAAUUUGCUUUUUAUCUGCUAUGCAGAUGCUUAGCUUGCACAAAUGAAGAGUUUAUCAGUUUCAUUACAUUUUUCUUCCCGCCCCCCGUUAGGCUUCAGACAGCAAUAUAAUGUGCAUAUGAAGGAACAAUGACAGUGUAAAACUCUGAGCUAUGGGUUAGGGACUAAAGGCUACACAUGGAAAAGUCCAAAUUUCUACUCUCUUCAAAUUUGAUAUACCCAGUGUGAUUUACUGUCAGGUUUGACUUUGAUGGGAGAAACUCUCAAGCAACUGUAUCAUAAGGUGGCUGUGAGGACAGGGUAAUUGGUGGGAAAUCAUACUAUUCCAUUAGUCUUCAGUUCCCAACUCUAGUUUCUUGCUUCUUUCCUCCCUCUGUCUCUUGUGUUCAUAGGCUGUCUUGUUCCCUGAAGUCUUGGCUAAUUUAAAAUGUACUUUACCAUAAGGUGCUUAAGCAUAUCUUUUUGUAAGUUGGUUGGUAAAUGGUAAAGAAAGUAAAGAAUCAACAUUGUGCUAAACUGUUUUAUGGAAUCUUAGAACAGUAUUUACACAUAAAACAUUAUUAUUCCAAAACAGAAGUAAUUCCAGUUUCUAAUGAGAGAUCUUGCUUUCUGUUCAUGUGCAUGGGUAUAUCAUUGUACCAGUGGAGAGAAUGUGAUCAAGGUUUUCUCUUUGGUGAAUUUAGUUCUUUGUUCCUCUUAAGAAUCAAUGAUAAUGGUUUUUUCUCUGCCUUCUACAAGUACAUGAUAUGUAUCAUAUGCUAGAAUAAUGAACUUGUGAAAAGAAAGGGUACUAAUGUCACUACAAAUGCUUUACCUAAUGUGUGAAAAUGGGCUUUAUUUUAAGGAAAUGUUGUGAACUAGCUCAUAUCUCCUGAUGGAGUCUAUUCACUGUUUGGGCUAAGAGUUAAAUGGUAGGACUCUUCUGUUGUGAAGUGGAACAGAUUCCUACAAGAGGUGGUGGACUCUCCUUCCUCGGCAGUUUUAAGCAGAGGUUGGAUGGCCAUCUGUCAUGUAUGAUUUAAUUGAGAUUCCUGCAUUGCAGUGGGUUGGAUUACAUGACCCUCAGGGUCCCUUCCAACUCUACGAUUUUAUGAUUCCAUGAAUCACAUGUUUGCAUAGGCUGUACUUGAAUUGUCUGUUGUCCACUGAUUUUAUGGCAAGCAAUAUGAAAACUUUAUGAAGCAUUCUUUUCAUUCCCCAGAAAAGCUAACAUCUGAGUAACUAAUAAAAAGAAGUUCCUUCAUAAUAUUCUAUAUCAAGAAAGCCCUUCCGCUUACUAUAUCAAGAAAGAGAAGCUGCUUGUAAACUUAUUUCAGAUCAAGAUAUAACUGCUGAAUGCAAAGAAAAGUAAUUGUACAAGCUCUGAUUCUUUUCCAGAACCUUUCCAGAACUUAAACUUUAAAGAUAUGUUUCAAGUUUAUAUAAUCUUACUUAUUAUCCUUGUAGCAUUUUCAAAAACAAUAAUACCAGGUUCUAUUUGGGUGAUGUGUUGGACUAAUCUAGACUGGAUUUUAAAACUCCUGAUAGAAAACUUGUCUGGGUUUACUGGUUUGUCUGCACACAUGUAUAAAGCUGUUCACACCAAUAUGUCAUUCAGUAGCUGCGUAUACACAGAUGGCUGCAAGUCACCUGUAAAAGAAAAGAUUUGGUAGAUAGCUGCUGCUACUUGAAGGUACCCUGAUGAGAAACUGUAUCUAGGAAACUUGAUGAAAGAAAUACAUAUAUAUGUUUACUAUUCCAAUGCUGUGCCGCUCAUGAUAUUGUUCUUCCAUAGCAUUUGUGAUUAAAUUAGAGCACAUGCCCAGCAGUUGUAUGUUUUGGUUUCACAUAAGGAGAAGUAACCUGUUGGCAUGAGAAACAUCUUCAAAAAACGUCCUUGUGUUAGGUGUAUCCCCAAAUGGUAAUUACAGAGUAAGCUAGGGCUGCCGUAUGUCCAGAAUUUCCCAGACAUAGCCAUGAUUUGACCCUCAUAAAAAGCUCAACAAUUUUAUUUUCACUUUUUGUAAUAUGACAACCGUAGGGUAAGCAAUCAGGGUUUCAUUGAGGUUAGGUAAAGACCUUGUUGCAUGUAUAAAUCAACCAUUGAGCUCUCUAUCUCUCUCACUGGUUUAUGGCAAAGGAUAAGGCUUCUGAACUUAGAACUGCUUUGCUUCUCUUCAUUUUAAAGGGCAUUAAACUUGCAUAUUAAUUUGGGGAGGGGGGAUUAUUAGGUUGCUCUUGUUUUUAUUAUGUAUUUUGAUAUUGUGAUUUAUGUUGUGAACUGCCCUGAGACCUGCAGGUUAUAGGGUGCUAUACUAAUUUUGAUAAUAAUAAGAACAAUAAAAAUAGUAAUAAUUCUCCUUCCCCCAAAAAAUACUUUUACUAAAGCAUAUAUUUCAUGAUUCAUAAGUUCCAAAAGACAGUUGACUUGGUCGGUUCAAUCUGGGGGCUCGUUCACUUGUCCGCUUGUCCCAUUCCUUGAAAGCAGGGGUCCAAAAGGUUUUCUGUUUGUCCUGUGCUUUCUGGCAUGGGUCUGAGUGGUUUUACAUUUGUUCCACAUCUUUCCCUGGCAAAACUGGCUCUUUUACCACUGAAUCGGAGCAAAUGUUAAUCUGCUGAAAACCCAGUUGGACGUUUGCUCCGAUUCAGCAGUAAAGAGCAUUUUUCUUUUUCUUCAGAGAAAUGUGGCAGGGCAAGCAGAUGUGUGGACAAGCCUUUAAUUCUCCCCAGCAUAUUUCUCUAUGCAGUAUUGGCCUGAAAUGACAUUUUUCUUAAGAAUGUGAGCACAUAAGUAGGACUUUGUCUACCUUUCUGAGAAUCUGCAGAACUGAUGUAAGCUCACUUGCACAUCUGAUUUUAACUUCUGAGCAGAGCAGUCCAAAAUGGGGCAGAGGGAUAACUAAAGGUGAACAUGUUGCCUGAUCAGAAUCUUAAGGCAUGCAGUGAAAGAGAAGGGGAGUGUUUUUACCAUUUCCCAUGCCCAAAGUCCCCCCUACUUUUUCUUUAAAGCAGUUUUCCUCCUAGUGUAUAUUUCCCCUUUUUUGGGAAGGAGAUCAGGUCAGGGCAAGGAGAAGGCAUUGGAUUCUUCAUAACUCCAGGUUUGACACACCCCUUCUUUCUUCUACAGAAGUCAGAAAUCCAGUGUCAGUAAGGCAGGGGCCACAGAGGUUUAGAGGUUGUAUGGUGUAUGAGGUCUCUCUCCACCCUCAGAGGGGGGAGAUCCAAAACACUCUGUGGCUCCUUAGAUGCCUUCCCAAGGACCAUAGCGUUAUGUUGUUAAUAGAUGUCCUUUUCCUGUAAUUAUUUCAGUUUUGGUCAUGCCCAUAACAGUGUGUGUGUAGUAACAUUACAGUUGUGAGAACAAUAAAAAUGAUUUUAGUGCAACCAUCAAAAAUCUUAAAUAAAAUGUGUGAUUGUAACACUGAUUGUGAUUACCUUUUGAAGGGUUAUGAUGAAAUUUAUGAAUGUAAUUACCACACCUGAAUGUCACUUUUAAGUACUACACCAUGUUUAAAUUAAGACCAAAGUUAGAACAUUGAGUACAUGGUAGUAAAUGUAGCUUGUAAGUAUUCUGACUGCUGCUCUAGAUCAGGCUUCCUUAACCUCUGUCCUCCAGAUGGUUUUUUUGGCCUACAACUCCCAUAAUCCCUAGCUAGCAGGACCAGUGGUCAGGGAUGAUGGGAACUGUAGUCUCAAAACAUCUGGAGGGCCGAGGUUGAGGAAGCCUGCUCUAGAUAUUUGAAAUCUGGCUAUAUUGCCAUAACUAACAGAAAUAAGGACUGCUGCGUAGAUAGUGGCUUAUCCCAAAAAUAGUUACCAGUACAAAAGUGAACAGCAAUUUAGGUUCUUAGCUGUUGACAAUCUCUCUAGUUAACUUGGAAUAAUAGGUAAGAUGAUAAAUCUUAUUGGAGUAGCAUAUAUGUAAUUAGCAAGCAUAGGUGAACUUUUCUGCCAUACAGUACAGGGCUUCCUCUGUUAGAAAUAAGAAACUCUUUGAGACGGCACAGUGGCUGUAAUAAGAGACUACAUUUUAGAAAUUGUGUUUUGUGCUUCUUAACUGUGAUUCCACAUUAAUCUUUCCUUUCCCUCUAAAUUGAAAAACCAUAACCUCAAAGCCUUUUGACAUUGUUAAAGUGGUCCAAUAAAUUCUCAGCCUUCUAAUAAUCUUAGUUGUCUUUUUCUGUACCUCCUUAAGUUUAAUAUUCUUUUGAGGUGCAUUGCUUAUAUCUAUACACAGAAUUCUAAAUGUGGACAAUUUACAGACUGAUAUAAUGGCCUUAUGCUAAUAGCAUUAUGUUAAUUGCUGUGCUCAGUCUCAUGUGAUAGGAUUUGGCUUUUUCUACAUAAGUGUGGAGCUGAGCUGACUUUUCCAGCCCAAUGUUUCCUAUGUAAAUUCUUAAUCAAACCUUCCAAAGUUUAUCUGUUUGAAGAAUAAAAUUCAGUAACUUUUCUAAAUAAAAAGCUACUAGUCAGUAAAACUAGCAUAUUUUGAUUUUCAGCAGGUUUUGCCUCGUUGCUUUCAAGCUCUGGGCUUUCACUGAUUUUUGGCCAGACACCUUUGAAACUGUUAAAUGCUUCAUCCUGAGUGACUAGGUAUUUACUUCUUGGAUCUAGUAACAGAGGCGAACUGAAGGCUUGCCUUAUGCAGAGUUAGACCAGUGGUUCAUCUAGUUCAAUAUUGUCAACACUGAAUGAUAGCAGCUCCUGAGAGUUUCAGACAGAAAUAUUUCUCAGCCCUCCUUUGACUUACCAAGGAUUGAACUGGGACUUUUUGUACCAAAAGCAUUUGCUGCACCACUCAGCAGCAACCCUUUCCUUAACUGUUAAGUAGUGCCCAUGAUAGUUCUCUCCUAUGAAUAUGUUGGAUGCAAGCAUGCAGCAAAAUGUACAUCUGUGUGAUGGUUACAUGACAACCUAUGUGUGGGGUUUGUAUAUAGUAGUGCAUUCCAUAUAGAGGCUCUCACCUGCAUCUUUUUCUGUAUCUAACCCAUGCUAACUUCUAGCUCUCCUUUUCUCUUGUUCACCUUAGUUUUAUCUUAUUUGUGAACUGUCCACUCCUGAAACUAAUGUUCAAGUCUGACUAUAGCAUAUGAUUUUAUACAACUACAGCAAAGCUUUCCAGACUUUUCAUGUUGGUGACACACUUUUAGGCAUGCAUCAUUUUGCGACACAGUAAUUCAGUUUUACUAGCAAACCGGAGGUUAAACUAACCACUUUCCAGCCCCGGAAGGAGCGUGGGGAGUGUUUGUGUGACACACCUACACACUGCAGCCAACACACUAAUGUGUCGCGACACAGUUUGGAAAGCUCUGACCUACAGUAACACUGUGUGAUCAUAAUUCUAUGUACAUUUAUGUACUCUUUUGUUGAUGAUGCUACAAUUUUAGAAAAAGUGGUUGGAAACAGUGAAGCCUGACCAGCUUCCUUUUUUGAACUGAUCCUUUCUUCAUGUUGGAGUGCUUAAUUUCCUUCUCAGUAUUAACUCUUGACAAGGUCUUAACUUCAUUGGAUUAACUUGGGAAGCGUGCAGUUUUCUUUAUUUGAUAUAUGAUCCUUCUAGGGCACUCUUCCUUCAUGUUCUCAAGCUUAUUUUUCCAACCACAAAAACCAAAACUUUGGGAUGGGGGGGGAGCAGGAGAGACUACACAAAAACACCUCUGCAUAGGAAGUAUGAAAUCCACAUAGACUGACAUAUGAUUACAUAUUUGUCUCUGGCUGCACAUAAAUGUAGAACUUGCAACAGGGUGAUGAACAUAUUUAUAGAGAAGUACACUCACAAGCAGCACUCAUCAGCUGGGGCUGUGGACUUGCUAGUUUCAAGAAAUAAAUCCCUAGUCACUCAGGGUUCAAUAUUUUAAAUGGUUUCUAGCCUUGUGUGGUUCAUGUAUCAGUAAAACUACAGUACUUGAUAUUUUCUAGACUCCUGGGCAGCACAGAAGUACUCAUAGGCAGUGUGUGAACCCCAUGCCCGUUCUCUGUGGUAUAGAUACAGCAAUAUGAUGCUUCAGAGUUACAAAAUAGAACUGUACACUGUACAUCUAUCUGGGUGGUAAGUUUUUUAGAUUGGAGUUGAUCUUCUGUGGAGAAGGGCCAUAGCUCAGCUGUAGAGUAUCUGCUUUGCAUGCAAAAGGUCCUAGGUCCAGCCCCUGCAUCUCUAAGUAGAGUUGAGAGAGUUCCCACCUUAAAUUCUGGGGAGCUGUGUAUUUAAUGAAGGCAGAUAUAUUUUGCGUAGUUACACUUCAUGCAAAUGUGUUCAUGCUGUGACUUCUGACUUAAUGAAGUUUGUAAUAGAAGAUGUUUGCUGUAUAAAAAGCAGUUACUUAACAGGGUGCCAAAAAUAGUAUCUGGGGAGUAAACUGAGGAAAGUCUUGCUAAAGUGUCCAGUUUCAUUUAGAAGAGACUUAUAGGCUCACCAGGACUAAUAUAUGGGCUUGCAUUCUAUGUCCAUGGAUGUUAAAAAGAUGCAAGCUGUAGUAAUGAAUAGGUAUAAGCUGUGGUUGAAUUCUGCAGAUUGGAGCCCUAGACAUCUGCAGAAUUUCUAGGUGAUAUCAAGAGUUUGGGGCAUAGACCAAGGAGACCUGAGUUCACAUUCGUGUUGAUCCAUAAUGCUCACUGGAUGACCCAGACUAAUAUUGUUUCAUCCACUUACCGUGCAAGGUGGUUGUGCAUGAGAUAGCUCCCAUUUAGCUGCUUUGAGAUUCUCUGGGAAGAAGAAAAUACAAAUUCAAAAAGAAAAGUACAAUAAAGUAUUUCCAAAUUUUCUGUUUUGAAUCUACUUUAUAUACUUACAUGUGGUGGCGAGAAGCUCAGCAAUUGGUUAAUUCAUUCUAAAGCACUUUCAGAUUGCUUCAGAUAUAUUUUAUGCAGGACACUCCUAACUCUUAUGCCAGUGGUUUUCAACCAAUGUUCCGUGGCACCCUGGGGUGCCUUGAAUGAUGGUCAGGGGUGCCGCGGGCAACACUGGUCUCUGCCCUCCUUUCUUUCCCUCCCUCCUCUGAUGCUCUCUCACAUCUCUGCUUCCCAAAGGCUUGCAUAGCUUUUCAUUGCAGCAGCCCUGGCUACAAGUUCCGUAGGUGAAUGGUGCCUCUGGGGCUGGCCAGGGAGUGCUGGUUGCCAGGAGCUGAGCUGGCCUCUGAGUAAGCAAGUGGGCAAGGGGCCCAGCCAGCCAGCCCGCCAGUCCUUGCUGUUGGAAUGGAUGGACAGGGUGCAGGGGCGGUGACAGCGGCUGCCCGGAGGACUCCCAAGGAGAGGGGAGGGAAGGCUGAGGGGAUACUCCACAAGGGAGGGUAUUUGAAAAAGGAUGAGAGGCUGCCAGCUCUGCAGGCAAGGGGUGACAUAACUGGGCUCCUGAGCCCCACUGUGGUGCUGCAGAAAGAAUUUAGUUGGUCAAGGGAGCCAUGGACACAAAAAGGUUGAAAACCUCUGUCUUCUGCUGUCAGUGUAACUCCACUGAAAUUCAGUAAGAAUUUCUAAGUGUGUUUGCUGACACCUACACCCCAUUCUCUAGAUUAGAAUCUGGUUGUAUUUGCCCACUGAGGGACAAGCAGGGCAAAUUAGAAGACAGGAUGUUCAGAUAUCAUUUGUGUUGUUAGUUACAAAUCUUGAAGUGCAUUAUGAUAAGCAAAACUAUUUCUCUCAAUUUGUUCCAAACAAAUCAUGAACUUUGUUAAACACUUGAACAAAUUGGUCUAUUACAUGUAUAGAGAAUCCCAGCUAUAGUUUCUCAACAUAGUACCUAAGGUUACUUUUAGCACACAAGUUCAUGUUAAAUUCCAAAUAGUAUCUGCUUCUGGGCACCAAGAUAAUUGUGCUAUUAUCUUGUAGUUCCCAGAUGCUUGUGUUUGUAUUCAUGGCCUAGUGCUAUCUAUUGUUGUAGAAGUCACUAUUCCUUGUGCUCCAUUUUUUUCUGCAACCAGUAGUGGCAGCUUGCUGAUGUUUGUAAAGAGCUUUUUGAUUUAGUUUUUCAUCUUGUCAAAUUGAUGGAAUCCACUGGAGAUUGAGCAAGUGUUAGAGGAAAAAACAUUGAGGUCAUUUGGGAUAGUCAUACUGAUAAUAUCAAUGCUUUUCUGAAUCAAUUCAAGAAUUGUUUGCUUCAGUACUGCAAAUGGUGCACACUUAGAUGAACACUAUUUACAUGGGCUGGCAUUGAUGGUGGUUCUGAGCUGAUUUUAUGUGUUUGAGGGACCCCUGGCACUUCAGUGAAUAAAAUGUAAAACUUCUCUAACUCUGCCUGAACAAUGUUUGCCAAAGACUCAAAAACAGGGACCCUUCUUUCUGAAGGCCAGAUUGCCUCCAAGAUAAUGUUGGUACACGGGGUGCAUGCUGGUAGUGGGUGGGGCAAGAGCCAAGGCACCCCUUUUCUUCCUUUCUGUCACACCAUUUUUCUCAUGCUUUUCCUUUCCAUCUAUAUUAUAUUAAACCAAAGGCUGCAGAUUUGACUGCUAUUGAUUUAGUUGAUCACUGAACAGACUGCUGCAGGCCAGUUACUAUCACAGUAAUUAUACUGGAGAGCUUGCAUACAACCUCCACAUACCGUUGUGAUUUCUAAGAUAUAGAAUAUACUCAUGUGUUAUAAAUCCAAGGACAUGUUGAGGUUUUUCUUGAUGCCAGCCCUCGGCUGUGGAAUUUCAUUCCCCUCAAUUGAAUACUGCUUGGCUAUUGGUUCAUGUUUAAGUGUGGUAAAUGUCUUCACCACAUAUUGAGGGUUGGGGGGAGGGCUACAAACCCCAAAGCGUAUAAGAAAGCUUUCUGUGAAUCAUGUAAGAACAAAGAUUUGAAGAAAUUUUCACUUUGGUUGUUUACUUGGAGGACUUCAUUGUGCUGUUAUACAACAAAGGGUUGUAAAAUAAUUUGAGAUGUUUGCUUAAAUGACAGUGGGAAACUAAAGGGUUAGAUGCCACUCUUUUUCACAGUUCAUUGAGAGUGGAAAACUUCGUGGGUUAAUACCCCUUGAAAACUAAGUUGGAGGCUGGGAAAUAUUUUAAGCAAAAGCAAUUUAAAAAAGCUUAUAAACUGCUUUUUGAUUCAGAUAGAAUUAAUUGGUUAUGCUCCAGUGUAGACUUAAAUACUAAUUCAUUCAUCUUUUUUCUUUUCCAGAUCUUCAAGUAUCUUCAUUUUAGUUUUCUGUGCUAUUCCUCCCUUAAGUUAUUAUAUACUUUUUUGCUGCUGUGCGAAAACAGAGAUGUCUCGCAGCCCAGAUGCGAAGGAAGACCCUGUGGAAUGCCCCCUUUGUAUGGAGCCUCUUGAAAUUGAUGACAUAAACUUCUUCCCUUGCACCUGUGGUUACCAGAUCUGUCGCUUCUGUUGGCAUCGUAUUCGCACUGAUGAGAAUGGGCUUUGCCCUGCUUGCAGAAAGGUAUAUAUUAAGUUCAUUAGAAUAAAUUUGGUUAUGUAAUAAGGUUCACCAACAUGAAAUGUUGCUUUAAACAUGAUGCAUCUUGUCCCCUAAGACUAUCUUGGAGUUCACUGUCAAACCAGGGAGGAAUAUGGAGUCCCUUUAAGUGAAAUAUUGAUCUUUGUUCGACUUUUGAGUUCUAUACUUUCCGCAAAGUAUUCUCCUGAACUCAUGAAUUGUCAGAAGUCAAGUAUCACUGUAAACAUCGGUUUAGUGGUACAUAUAUCAUAGGGCAAUACAGUAUCCUCCACUUCUUCCAGCCACAGCUGUUAGCAGUCGUCUACUCUGAAAUCUGCAACAAGUGUCUUGGUUGGCAGGGCAAGUGGGAAUAGGGUGGUCAGACAGAUGGAAAGACUUUCCUCCCAUCAUAGGACCUGUUAUCAGAGCAACAGGCAAAAAAUGAAGCAGGUUUCUGUGUAAGAUACCCAGAUAAGUAAGAUACAUUGUCACUGUUCAAGGACACAUUCUAGCCAAGCAAAAGAGCUGGAGGAGAAUAUGGAGUAGGGCCAGUGAAGGCUGUCUGAGUCCUGAUGGCCAGAUUAGAGAAGCCUGGAAGGCAGCACUUGGCCUCUGGGCCUGAGGCUUCCCACCUAUGGUUUUCUUGAUAUGGUCAAGGGAUCAGGGACUUUUAUCCUUCGAUGGAGCACAUGGGAUGGGCAUCUGGCAACAUAGCUGGGGCACUUUAAAUGUUGUUUGCUCAUGAAAAAGCAAUUCCCACACUACUUGUGCUAGUAUACUUGUGGUAUCCAGUUAAGUGAUGAUUAGUGUACAUCCAUUGAAAUAAACUAAAGUUCAUUUAUUUCAGUGGGUCUAAGUAAGACUUAGCCAGGUGCCACCCUAAAACUGUUUUCAGUUUAACUUCUUUAAAUGAACAGAUGUGUUUUGGUUAUUGCGUCAUCUCUAUCUUUUUUCUAAAUUUGCACCUUUUCUGUAAUGUGGUGAGGUGUUUGAAAUCUGUAGAUGCUCAUUAAGUACAUCACUAGGACAUUUGUUUUGAAUGCUUCUGAUGACCCAGCUGUUUGAACUCAUUGACCUGCUAAAGUGGGUCACAUUUCAUGUGCCAGUGGUGGUUAAAGGGAGCCAUGUGUAAAAAACUGAACGUUGCAUUGCAUUCCUUUAAGCUUUUGAUUUAUUAAAAAAUGUUUUUUUUUUAAAAAAAGGUAUUAAUCAGCAUGGUAUUGUCAUAUAUUGUGUUUUUGUGACAAGUUACUGUUAGUGUUUUAUCAUGACACUCAUACUUGUAUAAUAUCAACCAUUAUAUUUUCAGAUGCCUGCUUUGAAACAAGUUUACAUCUAAUCACUAUACUCUGUUUUCUGUAUUCUAUAGAAAUGCACCAAGCUUCUCACAAUGAGAAGACAGGUAAUGGCAGCCUAUCUACCAUUACCUUUAUCUGCUGCUGCACAAUUCAAGGGAGGAAAUGUCAGCCAUCUUUGCAAAGGAUGAUAUCAAAGUUUAAGAAGCCUCACUGGCAGAAAGUGCACACCUAUUCCUUGGUGGGCUCAGAUUUAUUUGAAGCCAUUGCUUGUUUCUAUAUCAUUCAUAUAGCAUCUGUUGCAGUGGGCGCGAGCUUUGCAGGAAACAGUGAUGUGGAAAUUAUUAAUCAAGGCUUACCCACUUUUCUUUUUAUUAGCCAUAUCCAGAAGAUCCAGCAGUGUAUAAACCACUCUCCCAAGAAGAGCUGCAAAGGAUAAAAAAUGAAAAGAAACAGAAGCAAAAUGAAAGAAAACAGAAGAUAUCAGAGAAUCGUAAACAUCUGGCCAGUGUACGGGUUGUACAGAAGAAUCUUGUAUUCGUAGUAGGGUUAUCCCAACGCCUAGCAGAUCCAGAGGUAAGCAGCUGCCAGAAAUCUGAACUUCCUGUAGAAUAAGUGUAUCCUGAACUUAUUAUAGUUGCGAAAUAAAUUCCUACUCAAAUUAGUUGAUUCUUCUGGGCUUUUCAGUGGUGUUCAAUACCACCAACUGAUGUCUUGAGGGAGCAGUGUCUCAUUGAAUAUGCAAUAACAAUCCUAAUAAGAUAGAAAUAUUGUUGAUUGUGAGAACUAGUGGAUCUGGAGUUAGUUGUACAGCCUGCCUUGGAUGGGGUUGCAUUUGCUCUGAAAAGGGAGGCUCCCAGCUUUGAUGUGUUCUUUGAUCUGGAACAGCUUCUGGAUGCUGGGCUGGGACCACUUUGGCUGAUAUACUAAGCUGCACUUACUUGCAGAAGACAAUUCUGGCCAUGGUAAUUCAUUCUGAAGCUUGCUAAAGCAUCAGCUUUGAUAGUAUGACUUUACAUGGGGCUGCUCUUAAAAGCUUUCAGAAAUUUUGGUUGGUGAGAACACUAUGACCAGACUAUCUUAAACUGGUCAGUGAGACAUAUUACUAUGUUGGUGCUCAAUCUGCAGAAGUGCUAUCAGGGCUUUCUGGGCCUGGUACACUGUAUUGGGACCUCUGAUCUACUCACAAAAGAGGACAUUUGCAUAUUCAAAUCUUUGUGCCCUUUUGCUGAUAGCUAUGCAAUGAAUUGUUAAUUAAUGCUUGCACCAUAGAUCCUGCGCAGCAGGAGACAUGCCCAAUUCCUCCAAAUUUUGAAUUCACCAUGGUUUUCUUUAACAUUCACCUACGCUUACUGUGUAGUAGUAUUUCAGAAAAUAACUUCUGGGGACUACCUGAUCUCAGACAAACCCACCAUAGGAAAGAUGCAUUCUGGUUGAUAAGAAAAAAGGGUAUACUACAGAGGUUCCAAGUGCUACAAAAUGAGAUGGAAUCAGGAAAAGUGCACCAAAGGGGAGGGGAAAACAGAAGCUCUUUAGGAUCCCAUGAAUUUCUUUCUCUUGAGGCUCACAAAGCUCACUCUUCAAUCACAGUUCUGUCUUUAUUCAUUGGCUAAAAAACACUUAAACACAGGAGCAGACAGCCUAGCACAUUGCUUAGUAGGGUACCUGAACAUCUUGCUUUAUAAGUUUAUUUCUAGGAGGGCUAGAUUUUUUAAAUGAAAGCUCAUAGUCUGGGGUCCCUGCUGUCAGUGGGCCUGUUAAAUUGGUACCCACUUGGCAUGCCUUUCGAUCUUCACUUGGAAUUUUAUGUGAUUUAUGGACUGCAGGCUGUUAGAAGAACUCAUUAUAAUACAGUGUUGUUAGACUUCAGGAGAGAGAAUUGAAGUUAUCUGCCACUAAUUGUAGGAAAUAUGGUAUGUGCUCAGUACCAGUUGCGUGCCUGGGUGGAGACUCCUGCGCCGCUCCAGUUGACAGCCCGAGACCAAUGUUUUGUAUAGUUCAUUUGUAACUGCUUAGCAAUUUUCCAUUGCUUUCUUUGGUUAAAAGAUUUUUCAAAGGGAGCAAAAAUAGUUAGGCAUCCAUUAGUAGUCUGAGUUUUGUCUGAGCUGCUUCUUAAUAUUGCUUUUAUAUCGGUGAACUUAAUCUUCCAAACAGGUUUUGAAAAGGCCAGAAUAUUUUGGGAAAUUUGGUAAAAUACACAAAGUUGUAAUCAACAACAGCACAUCAUAUGCAGGCUCACAGGUAAGAUUCUGAUUUUCCCUUGACCUAGGCAAAAGGUGGGUGUUCAGCUGGAGUUCCAACAGUUUCAGUUGCAUACGGACAACUCAUUUUUGACAUCCUUGGGUCAAAAACAUUCCAUACAGGAACAUUUCGGCAGCUCUGUUUUUGUUUGCAUGUACUAAUAACCAGAGUCAGAUUAAUUCUACAACGUAGACUACGCAGCAGUAAGGUGUAAACUGCCCCUGAAUUUUUACAAUUAGAAUGUAAUUUCAGUUAAGUGUAGCCUAUGAAUGUAUUCCCCUGCAAACAUGUGUCCACAUCUUUUCAUUUGUUCUGUCUGGAAUGUACCCUCCUUAUUAUUGCCGCUUUGUACACCCCUGUUCAGGAAUGUAGUUGCAUUCUAACUUGGAGCACCCCAUGAUUUACUAUAGCUGUUUUGCUGGUGCAGAAGCUGAUAUACUCGAAAUAUGUUAUAGUUUUUCACUAAAUAGAAAGAUUGUAUUGACUUCUGGGUGUGCAUUAUACCUUGGUGAAGAUUUUUAAUUCUACCCUAAUCUGGUUGAUAUGCUAUUGUCAUACUAAUGAAAAAAUUAAUUCCUAUUUCAAAGUAUAUGUUACUUUUUCAUUCAAGUUUGUUAGUAGGAAAGGAAUAUGUUACUUGGAAUGCUUAAGUUUUUAGAAGUUGGCUUCAAAAUGGGUAAAGGAGCAAAGAGCAGACAAAAAGUUAACAUAAUUGUAAAGAAAGAAGGGAAUCCAAAUGCAUGGUAAGGAUUUUGGAGUAAAGCUGUUGUGGCCUUGUUGCUAUGAAUAUCAGUGUACAGAGUUGGGAAACCAUCAAUUCAAACCUAACUUCAGCAAGCCCAACCUUGUAUGGUAUAUAGUUGCUUCAUUCUACUGAUUUUACUCAUAUGUUCUGAAGAAACGAACUCUGAAGCAAGGAACAUAGUGGGUUUUUUUUUAAUUUAGGUUUUUCCUUCCUGUUGUAGCAGUCAUUGCCUUAGAAGUAUUCCUUUGUGUUUGUUUUAUGGAUAGGAGUGCCUCUUAAAAUGGUACGUGCCAGGUGUAGUAUUUAGAAGUACUUCUAUGUUUUAAAUUUGCUGUCCGAUUAGUCACAGGCACUUCUGUAAUCUGUUUAAACUGAUUAUUCAAAUAUUGCAGUAAAAAUUACUACUGUACUUUUGAAAAUGAAUCCUUUGCCGAGGGCUUCUUAUGUAUUAAGUACUUCAGAAUUUUGUGAAGUUCAGCGCUGCAUUAUAGGAUGACUAAUAAACUGACCUAUGCGCAUACACUUUUUUUAAUUACCUAGGGUCCAAGUGCAAGUGCAUAUGUAACUUACAUCCGGUCAGAAGAUGCACUCAGAGCCAUACAGUGUGUCAAUAAUGUGGUAGUAGAUGGAAGAACACUUAAGGUAAUAUGAAUGUGUGUAUGUAACUAUAACUAUGAAUGUAUGUGUUUGUAACUAUAUAAGAAUAAGGUUGUGUGUGUGUGUCACGUAAUGGCAAAUGUCUAUCAGUACAUGUAACUGAGCACCAUGAUACUAGAAGCUGAAUUCUAAAACAGGCUUACUUCUAAAGUAUAUAGUUUGUUGACCUUUAUAGUUAAUGUCUCGUUUCCCCCCCCCAGGCGUCUUUAGGUACCACAAAAUAUUGCAGUUACUUUUUGAAGAAUAUGCAGUGUCCUAAACCAGACUGUAUGUAUCUACAUGAAUUAGGGGAUGAAGCAGCCAGUUUUACAAAAGAAGAGAUGCAGGUAUGUGUGUUGCAACCCAUACCAUGAAAUAUUACUCUAAAUGCCUCAUAUUUCUGAUCUGAGCCAGUAAAUCAGAAUUGAAACUACAGUUUCGAUUUCAGAAUGUGAUUUAGAGAAACCACGAUUGAAGUAUUUAAGCCAACACAUGAGGAGAGUAGGAGGCAUGCAUACAUGCAUCAUUUUAUCUGUAUGCCACCUUUCCAUAGUUAAAACAAUGCUCAAGGGGGCUUCCAACGUGAAAACAAGUACAUAGUUACAAAUAUAACAAAAGUAGUCAUAAACAAUAAAUAAAACAUACCAGGAAGUGCACAACCAAAUAAAACAAUUUCCACCUUAAAUCAUAAUAAGAUCUAAAAAUAAAGAUACAAAAAUUAUUAUCAACAAGAGCAACAACAACAAGACACACACACACCAUUCUCCAACCUAAGGGUCUGUUCAGCAGCUUCAGCUUUUGCAACUGGAGUCAGUCAGGGCCCCAGCUUCCCAGGCCAGGUGGAAAAGGCCUGCAGUGCAGGAAGCAGGUCUUCCAGGUCUCACAGCCAAGAUAAUCCCUGCUUGACCAUGGCAGCCUGACAGUUGUUCAGCCAGGAUAUUUAUGUCCAAACUGGCUUGACUGUCUUCUCUGCUCCUUCUUUUUGAAAUGGAGAUAAUGCCCAGGGCUGGAUUGAGAGGAAAUAUAAAGACUUUGAAGCAUUCUUGCUGCAGAUUUGAAGUUCUAUAAACUGAGCUGAGAAUAAAAGGUUGCAGUUAUGUAUUAUAUGUAUUAUAUGUAUUAUAUGUAUUAUAUGGGCACUGUGGGUUAAACCACACAGCCUAGGACUUGCCGAUCAGAAGGUCCGCGGUUCGAAUCCCUGCGACGGGGUGAGCUCCCGUUGCUUGGUCCCUGCUCCUGCCAACCUAGCAGUUCGAAAGCAUGUCAAAGUGCAAGUAGAUAAAUAGGUACCGCUCCGGUGGGAAGCGAAACGGCGUUUCCGUGCGCUGGUCUGGUUCACCAGUAACGGCUUAGUCAUGCUGGCCACAUAACCCGGAAGCUGUACGCCAGCUCCCUCGGCCAAUAAAGCGAGAUGAGCGCCGCAACCCCAGAGUCAGUCACGACUGGACCUAAUGGUCAGGGGUCCCUUUACCUUUACCUAUGUAUUAUAUAAAUACAAUAUAAUAGUAAAUCUCCUACAUGGUCAUCUAAAGGCAAUGGAUAAUAAAAGCAAAAAAUUAAAAACAAAAAACCCUACAUUUAAAAGAAAACUGAAAGCAGCACAAAUUAGAAACUCAUCGCAGAGAUUCAUUUAUCCAUCUGUAUAAAUGAACAAAAAUGUCUGCAAUAGUUAUCUAAAGUGCAGAUAGUGGGUGCUUGUUGUACCUCAACAGGAAUGCUAUUCUGCAGAACAAGGGCCAGAACUCCGAACUCAGAUCAACCCCAAUAAGUAUGGACAGUGGUCAGGGAUGAUGGGAAACGUGGCCCCCAAGUUCCCUCUCCUUCCUUUAGCUUAUCACUCUGCACCUUCUGAGCAGGUUACCUAAGAAACUGAAAUGGACAUUGUGGGGUACACCUAUGAAAUGUGAUCAUUACUAUGAAUUGUUCUGAGGUUACCUUUCAGUGAAAUUAGAAAGGUCUUAACCAGCUUGCAGUGAACUCCCUUACGCAGCAGUGAAUUUACAUUCUUACGAAACAGGCCAAAAUAGUUGUCAUAGUCUUGUGAUUUGGUGGGACAUGGACUAGGCUAGCUUAAAAUAACCAAGCUUCUCUUAUUUGAACAUGAGAAAUGAAAUUUUGAUGUAAAGAAGAUUUCACUGCAAAUUACCAGGUUGACAGAGUUGCAUUAUUUUAUAACUUUUUUUUUCUACCCCAGGCUGGUAAGCAUCAAGAAUAUGAACAGAAGUUACUCCAGGAAUUAUACAAGUUAAACCCCAACUUCCUCCAACUGUCUUCAAAUGCAGUCGACAAGAACAAGAACAAAGUGACUUCACUACAGAGGUAUGAUGUGUAAGUAAAGGUUCUCUGCGUGUGCUCUUUAGUUUUCAUCAAACCUCCCCCUUUACCCCUCUUUCUAAGCACUCUGCUUCACUGCCUUACUGCUUAAGCCAGCACACUUGACAUCUUACUUCCUUUGUAUCAUUAUAUAGAUGUAUGCAGCAUUUUCAAACAACUGUUUCAGCAGAUGUUCACAUUAGUGCAUCAUUUACAAUUGUAAAAUAGUAUGGUUUGGUGUGAAAUAGCAGGACAUGUCAUUAAACUGGAAAUACAAAAUACAAGAUUUACUCAUUUUAAAUACAGCACAACAUUACUAUGAAUGUGUGAGUCCACCUUGCCUUUAGAAGGUGAGAAUGCCACAAAGGACUCAUCUGAAAGACAAAGUUAGUGUAAAAUGUUCUGACUCAUUGCAACUUAGUUGAGAUUUUUGUUUCAAUAUGUUGGCUGCUAAUAUGUAGGGUGCAGACUUUGACAGGGUAACAUAGAUUUAUAUGUCUGCUUAAUGAAAGGUUGCUGAGGGUUUUUUGACUUAGCACCUAUCUAUUCCAAGUAACAAUUUUAAGUGGUUGUCUAUUUCUGGAAAAGCUUGCAUUACUUAAUAGCAGAAACACCAUUAAUAUUUAGAAUAUGACAUAAGGUUUGUGCUUGCAAGAUACUUCUUGAGUUUGAAUGGUAGUCAGACUACUAUUACCUCUGGUUUAGCCUCUUGAAGUAUUAAUAAGUGAAACCUAAAUGAAUGGGAAAAUCUAUUUGUGACUGAACACCUGAACUUUGUGACCAUGGCAAAUGAUUGGUGAACAAGAAUUUGCACUCUUUAGAUUUGCACUCUUAUUGGGGAUCCUUUUCCAAUAAGAUUUCAAGAGCAACCUUGCUCAGGAUCCUAAACAAUUUUUCCAGUGCCAAAUCUUAGCAGAUCAGCAUUGCCUCUUAAAGGAAAAGACAAAUCUUGUAUUAAGGAAAGUUGAUACUUUGACUCUGGGCAGAACAUCAGAUCAGUUUUGUCAUGUGCAAGCCUCUCAUAUGGAUAAUGAUACCUUCUUACUCUCUUGGCUGUUGUAUUAGUGUGAGCUUUGCAAGAGAAAUACCGUUUCUUCAAGAGCAUCAAAAGAAAUAAACCAAACAUGCAAGAGUCAAGUCAUGUUUUCUCACAGUGUGGUCUGACCUGAUGGAGUCACAUCAUAAGGCAAGAAGAAACAGCAAGAAGACAAUGUCUUUAGAAAUGGCUAUAAAUUUGGCUCUGUCCAGUCUCUGCAGUAGGAGUUUUUCAAGAACUUAAUUACCAUUCUUACAAAAAAGCCCAAGGUAGAUUGGGUAUGCAUGACCAUUCUAUCUGGACCAUAAAACAAAGUAGAAAUAAGCUUACUUCCUACUGGUUCAUUCUGAAUUGUCUGUGCUGUCUCAGCAGUCUUACAUCUCCAGUGAUUUAUUUUAUAAGAUCCCAGUAAGCUUGAAAGCUGAAGAAACUGAAAAAAAGUUAGGUUCUUGCUAUCCUCUUGUCAUCUGUUUUGAUGUUUUUUGCCACUCUUUACUGUACAUCUAAGUACUUAAUCAUAGAGUUCAGCUUUGUUCCUGAAACAAGUGUCAUCUAAGUGGCAAAUAAGUUGGUUCUGCAUUCAAAACAGAAAAUGCAUCUGCUGUAUACUUCAUGAAGAUUUUCUUUCAUGAUUUAUUUUUAUUUUUUCUGCUCAAACUUAACUUCCAUUGGUCCAGAGAAAAGGCUGUGAUUCCCACUGCUUUCUGAUUUCAUACAGUCCUUGUGGGCAGUAACUUGAAAUGCUGACAGAGAAAUAGCCAGUUUGUGAGUUCACUCAUCAGUUACCGGCAUUCAAAUCUGGAAGAGAUGUAGACAAGAAACUUCUAUGUGGGUGUAAACUUUAGAACACGGUAGGCAAGCAGAUAAGAAUUACAUGGCAGACUAAUUUUCAACUUGAUAAAUGGAACUGACGGUGCCAUAUUUACCUUCUUGUAGUGUCUGCUUUAUGGAACCAAUCCAGAAAUGCAUGGAAAGAUGAGGAAUCAAUAUAAAAAUUGAAAAUGCAAUCAAUUUUUGUUAGUUAGAUCAGUGACGCUUGGUUUUAAAAAGCAGGGUGUGUUGUUCCGCAUUCAUUUUGAGAACUCAUAAAUUUAUGAGGAAUGAAUGGCAAGACAAGAUACACAUUUUGAAAAGAGCACAGGUCUCUAAACAAUCAUUAUAAGUUACAGUUCUAAAUAUCCUUCAUUCCUUGCUGGGAUGGUGAUUUCAAAAAUAGGGUGAAACUAAAGGACUAAUUAGGAGAAAGAAACAUUUAAAUUAUGUUGAUGAUAAAUAUUAAUAUUUAUUUGCAUAUACAUACAAAACCCAUCAGGGAAUGUCUGUUUAAAGAUGUGAUUCCCUGCUUCAGUUUACCUUUAUUCAUCCUCUCAAAUAACUUUACACACCAAAAGAACCUUAUUUAGUGAUCAAUGCUUAUAUUAGCCUGAGUUUUGAAACUUUGGGAAUAAAUACUUGAAACGAGACAAAUUGGGUAACUUAGAACUUAGAACUGGUACAGUGAUAUUUCAGAAGUGUAUAAUGCCAGUCAGAUGGGGGAAAUCCUCAAGGACAAAGCAUGGAUAUAGCAUAUGAAGGGUAGGGGUAAGAUUACUCAUAAAACUGGAGAAUGUUGGGAUGAAAGAACAGUUUAAGGACCACAUGUCUUGGUGGGAUUCACCUAAUUAAAAAACAACAACUAUAAGUGUAAACAGCCUGCCUGGUGCAAGAAAACAGUUUCUUUCUACAGUCUUAAUAGCAGACACUAACUUUUCUGUUGAAGACCCAUAUUCCUCUGCACAGUAUAUGGCAUGAGGAAUAAUUUUCCCAGUGUUUCACUAUUAAGAUUUUCUACAUAACUUGAACUCUCUUUUACUUUCACCUCUUUCCAGACCCAACAGUAAUAACAAAGAUGCCUGGCCAUCAUUACAGAGUUCAAGUAAAUCAGUCAACGGCUUAACUAUGGAACACAGGAAAACGCCUCCUAUUUUAGAAAAUGGCACAGACUCAGAACACAUGACUCCAGAUGGUCCAGAUUCAGAUUUCGGGUAAUUGUGCUGCCUUUUAUACUUUAGUUAGCUUUCUUUCUCUCUCACUGAUGUGGAGGGAUGAUUCUCUAGCCUCUGUCAAGAGAGCUGGAUUCAAGUUAAAAUGGUUGGCCUGAACCACUAGGUGAUGCCUAGGUGGGGGGACUGCACAUUAUUUUGCAAUGGGCAGUUUGUUCAGGAGAAGUCUGUGUCUAGGCCAGAAGAUGAUUUUUAAAGGUAAGGGUUGUGGAAAAGGCAAGGCAUUUUGAAACAAGUUUCCUUCUGCGUCUGUGUUCUAGCAAACCACGUACCUCACUUCAGCAAACAAUUUUUAAUGUUCUUUAAGAGAAAAAGUUGCUUAGUAGGAACUCUCAUCUUUUAGGUAAGAGUCAUUUAGUUAAUUGUCUUGAAUACUCUGAUCUCAGUUGGCAGAUCGAAGUACAUUACACUCUUCACCCAGGCAUUUUGUUAAACAAGUAUGGCACUGGAUUGAGAUCCAUCAGCUUUUCCCUCCCUUUAGACUACUAAGACUACUUGAAUUUGUGUUUAAUAUUGCAAUAUGUCCCUUGCAUCAUAAGCAUCAUUGUGGGGCUUUUAUCAAGUUGGAUUCAAAAUGCAAGUUGUAUAGCAUAGUUGCACAGCAUAUUAUUCUUUUGAAUUGGGAAUACUGAUGUGUACUGUUGCAGUGUGGAAACUGCUUUCUUAGGCUCUAGUUUCCCACCUGUAAUAGGUUGAGGUGGGAGAAAGUGGCCAUAUAAGUUGCCUGACUCCAUUGUUUCUUGUUCUAGUGUUAAUGAGGCACCAGAACACAGGAAGUUACUUCCAUGUUGCACCAGUAAUGUAUGAGCUGGGCCUAAGAAGCUUACUAGGAAAUAGGGUAACUCACUGAGCUGGGCCUAAGAAGAUUAUUAGGAAAUAGGGUAACUCACUGAAUACCUUGUAUUCUUGCUCUAACAUUGACCUAAUAUUUCAGACUUUAUCACUAGAAAUCAUUGCAGACAUCAACACUUUUGGAAGUAGAAUGUCAAUAGAAGAGCUUUCCUAUUUAGAAAAACAUCCCAUUACCUAAUUUUGAAGCUGUCCUGCUGAGAAGAAAGUGAUCUGCUUUAGAUAUUCCAUUGUGGAUUACCAUAGCACUAUUGAAAUGUUGUAGUAAUGCUUUAUAUGAAGCUAAGCAUCUCUUAGGCUCUUGUUUAGUUAUGAGCCUGAAAAAAUGAUCUGAAAAUGGUCUACACAUCUGUAGUACUGGUUCAGCUGACCAGGAUCCAAAAGUCCACACAAUGAAUAGGACUUUUUCGUCUUUCCCCACUACUGUCUCAUCUUCCUCCUCCACCAUCCCACAACCACUCCUGAAGGUUAGAAAACAUUUCAGAGCAAGAUUAACAUGGUACAAAAGGACUACAGUUGAAAUAAAAAAUUGGCAACCUUUCCUCCGUGAGUGGAAGAGCUUUUUACUCUUACCUUAAGAAACUUUUGGUUCCAGCCUUCGCCUGUGGCUAGUCUUAUGCCUAAAAUGGGCUGAUUUGGGACUUUUGAAACCAUAUUCAGCACUUCCUCUAAGUGGAUCAUACGUCUAAUCCAGAUAUCAAGAUUUUCAGAGGCAUGCUAUCACAGACUUAACAGGAUUUCAAGCCUAUUUAUUUGUAAAGGGGUUUUGAACAUCUGGCAACUUCUAUGAAACAGCUGUGUUUCUGGCUGCAGGACUGAAAGACUGCAAUAUUUCUAAUAAUGAGAAAAGAAUUAAGAAAAAAUUAAGUUUUGUGUUUGAAUAAUUAAUUUAAAAGUUUCAGUUCAUUAUGAGUGUUAAAUAAUUUUACACAAAGAAAAAACAAUCCAUUUCACCUAGUUUUAUUCCAUGCUUUGCUUUAAAAUAUAUAUAGUGUUAAGUGGGCUGAAACAAUGUAAUACACACAUUUAUAUGUUUCCCUCUUUGCCUGUGGACUUAAGAUAAUUCAACAGAUAUUGAAAGAGCCGUGUUCUACCAAAACCUCUAAAAUGUAGGCUAUAGCUGGAGUAUAGUGGUCGUUUGAUUUUUGAGUUUGUAUGACUUAACAAACAUAAAUUCUUUUUAUAAUACUUUCUUGUGUUGACUUCCUGCUUCUGUAAUUGAUUCAGAUGAGACUGUAUAUAGUCUUGGUUAUCCAGUCCUAUAUCAUCCACAGACACGUGAAAACAGACAUAUGUCUAUGUCCUUAGAAUUAGACUUUAUUGUAGGAAGAGUUUGGGAAUGACCAGUAUAGCUUUGAAUAGAUCACUAAAUUCAGGGUCACACCUCACAAGUAUCAAUCUUAAAAGCAGGAAGUGAUUCUGCUCAUUUACACUCAAUGGCUGAGAUAAAAUCAGCAAAUGAUUUACUUGCCUGCUUGACGCUCCCUCUUUUUCCUUUGUUACCUUUUAAACUGUUAGGAUUACUUUGUCAUUUAGUUGCAUAAGGAAUUAUGGUGUCUGCAGCCAGAGCACUUUACACAAAGUACUGGAGGCUGCAAAGUAUACCAUAUGCAGGAGAUUGGAUAGAUCAAGUGUGGGAAUAUGCAUUUGUGGCAAAACUAACAUGUUUGAGAAAAAAGGAAAGGAAAUUGGUCUUGUUUUGUCAAAUAUUGUAAUUUAUUCAAAUGUCUUCGCUUAACAAUCUUACGUUUUAGGGUGUUUGAAAUUUUUAUGUUUAGUGCAGAAAAAGAAAAUAUAUUUAUUGUUUUAUUUAUGACUAUUUUAAUAGAUGCUCACUUGGUUGACAUCUUAAUUGAGCUAUCCAGUUUGACCCCAAGAUCUCCUUCCUGAUCAGUCACAACCAAUUUGGACCCCAUGAGUGUAUAUGUAAAGUUAGGGGUUUUUGCUCCACUAUGCAUCACUUGCAAUUUCUUUGUUUUUAAUACUCUGAACAACUUAGUGUCAUCAGCAAACCAGGUCACUUCUGUACUUGCCCCUAACUCCAGGUCAUUUAUGAACAAGUUAAAAAGCACUGGUUACAGUACUGAUUUUUGCAUUCCCUAUAGAGGAAGAACCGUCUAUUUAUUCCUGCUUUCUGUUACUUAACCAGUUGCUCAUCCAUAAGAUGACCUGUCUUCUUUUCCUAUGACUGCUAAACUUGUUCUAGGUUCUUUUGGUGAGAGAAUUUAUCAAAAGCUUUUUGAGAGUCUCAAGUAUGCAAUGUCAACUUGGAUACCUCUGCUUACAUGCUUGUUGACACCCUCAAAGAACUUUAGUGGGUUGGUGAGACAGGACAUACUCUUGUGGAAGCCAUGCUGCUUUUGCUUCAGCCUGACUUGCUCUUCUGCAUGUUUGGUAAUUCAAUUUUUAAUAAUUCUGCCCACCAGUUUUACUAGAUUAAUGUUAAGUUAAGCUGCCUAUAAUGUUCCAAGUCCUAGCUGGAUUCUUUUUAAACAAUAGAUGCUAGCUACAUUGAACAGUUUCCAGUCCUCUAGUAUGGAGGCUGAUUUUAGGGGCAAAUUACAUAUUUAUAUUAGAAGAUCAGCAAUUUCACAUUUGAACCACUGAGGAAGCUCACUUGUGUAACCCAGAUGCUUUGGUCAUUGGCUGUGAGAUGCUUUCAGUCUUAAAGUUACAUAGCAGGCAGAUAUUUUCUGAAUAUUUGCAUUUGUCCAUCAGUUGAUGUCCAGUGGCUUACAGCAACACCUGCUGAGUUUGUCAACAAGAUGGUGACAGUAUAUUAUUUUCCAGUUGAACUGCCAUAUCAGCCAAUUCAUUUUCUAGCAUCUUGGUUUCUUCUAGUGUCUCAAAUGUUAGCCUUACUUAAUACUGCAGGUUGUGCUAGCAUACAUUUGCAGUCUGAACCCAGCCAGUGCACCUUCCAUCAUGCAUGCCUGGCCUCAUCCCCUUCGCUCACUUAGCUUUUGACAGCACCUGAUCUGGUAUCUCUCCUUGUCCUGCUGUCACCAUUCCUUCCUCAACUCAUUCUUUUCAUGGUUUUUGUAAUUGCUGAUCUUAUUCCAAGUUUUGUGUUGUCCUUUCCUGGCUCUUCCUGUUGCUCUGCUGUUCUGAUUUUGGGUGAGUGGAUGCAUAAGCGGCUGGAGCUUCAGUUUUGUCUCCUGUUAAGUGGGAGGUUGUGACAGCAUUCCUAUUGUCUUGAAACUGAAGCAGCACAAAGGAGAAGUGAGCUUUUCUGCUGUGGUGAAUAGUUUUAUUGGUUCAUUCACUUUCUAUUUUACCUUUAUUCCUUUUGCCUCUUCUCUUUCUUUCAUGUCUCUCCUCUCUUUACAACUCAGUGUACUGAAAUCUAAAUUGGGGAGUCCUCUGGGCUCCAUCAAUCUCAAGUUGAGCACAAAGCUCUUAUAAAUAGAUAUGGUGCCUGCUUCAUGGACACCAGUUUAAUGUCGGGGGCUGAUAGUAGGGGCAAUAGACAAACUUUGAUUGCUGUGAGGUUACACUGAGUAACAAUGAACAAGCAGAAUGUGCAAGAUGGAGCUAAUCAGCAUGUUGUCAGUUAUCUCCAUGAACUAGGUUUUCUAAAAUUAUUUUUUAAAUUAAUUCCUACAGUUUCAGGCCAUCAGGCUGUGUCUUUUACAUUUGCCUAAUAGUUUUUCUUUCUCUCUAGCACUAUCGACAAACCUUCAGAUUCUCUCAGUAUAGGAAACUGUGAUAACUCGCAGCAGGUAAGAUUUGAGAACCAACACUUCUUAACUCUUGCCAACUGCAUACCCUUAUAUUUGCAAAGGACUAUAUUGUGUGUUGAAAUAUUUAUUUGCCAUAAUCUUAAAUAUACCUUCCUGCCUAUCAGCUGCAUAAGAUGGUUGCUUGAUUAAAACUUUAUACUAGCUGUAAAAACACAUGUUAUUUGGAAAUGACCAAAUGGUUGUUAAAAGAAGAAACUGUUAUUUACUAUACAAUUGUAAAACUGUUUGCUUUUUCUUUUUAGAUAUCAAAUAGUGACACACCUUCACCACCACCCGGCUUAUCAAAAUCCAAUUCAGUCAUCCCCAUCAGUUCAUCCAAUCACAGUGCACGGUCUCCCUUUGAAGGGGCUAUAACAGAGUCACAGUCUCUCUUCUCGGACAACUUCCGGCACCCCAACCCUAUUCCAAGUGGACUCCCUCCAUUUCCCAGCUCCCCACAGACUUCAAAUGACUGGCCGAUGGCACCAGAGCCACAGAGCCUCUUCACAUCAGGUAUAGUAUUAGUUAGACAACCCAUGCACACAAUAGCUUGAAAUAAUAUCUUCAGGUGCUUACAUUUACUUACAGUUUAGCAUGAACUUGACAGUGCUGCUCAGUACUGCUCCAGUUUAAAGAACUUGUGAAAAUGUCACAAUUAUUAUUUUGUAAAGUGCUUUACUUUUUUCAUAGAUCGUGGAAAUGUAGAUUCAAAAUAAAGAUUCAAAAUAAAUAAAUAAAACCUUACAUAAAUCAUAUUUUGUGCUUGUAUGCAUAUGGUCAUUGAUGCUAAUGAGCAGUCAGACCAAUAAGAACAUUUUGCUUAAAAUUGCAAGUGGUGAGACAUUUUAAUUAGUAACUGAACAGUUCUUCUCAAUCAAGUUCCUUCAUGUAGACAUCUCUAGAAUUAUCUAGCCUCUAGCAAGGAAUAUAUGCAGUGGAAAGAGUGGUUUCUUACAUGUAAAAGACGAAGAAGUGCUACUGUAAUGUGUUGCAGAAGGUGGAUGGGAAAUUCAUAGGGUUGGAUCUUGAAAACCAUGAGGUGCUUCUGCCAGAUUUUUCAGCAACUUCCCUAGUAGGCCCACACAGCCUCCACCUCAGCUUUCUGAAGGGGCUUGUUACCUUCGGGAGCAGCUUUUCAGGUGAGACAGAAAUGUGAAAUUCCCAAGUAGAGGAUCAGUUUAGAACUAUAGGGAAGAAAAAUGCAAAGAUAAAGAAAGUUGCUUUCUUGGUAACUGUACACCACUAGAACAUAAAGGGUAUUGUGAGCUUUAAUCUAAAAACCAGUUGCCCCUGGAAUAGGAUUCCCCAACCUGUUACUCUCCAGAUAUUUUGGACUACAACUCCCAGGACCAAUGGGAAUUAUAAUGCAAAACAUCUGGAGGGUACCAGGCUGGGGAAAACUGCCAUAGGAAUGAGAAUAACCAAUUAUUGGAAAGGGAAAUCGGUCAGUAUUUUGACUCAUAUUAAGCUGGGGAAAAUGCAAGUUUGUCGUUAAUAACCUGUUUUAAAUCCCACAGAAACCAUCCCAGUAUCCUCGUCUACAGACUGGCAAGCGGCGUUUGGAUUUGGUUCUUCCAAACAGCAAGAAGAUGACUUGGGGUUUGAUCCCUUUGAUAUCACCCGCAAAGCCUUAGCAGACCUGAUCGAGAAGGAACUGUCGGUCCAAGACCAACCCUCCCUCUCGCCCACGUCUCUCCAGAACCCUUCCCCACACACUACAACCGCCAAAGGGUCAGGCUCUGGAUUUCUGCAUCCUGCUGCGCCCGCAAAUGCCAACUCUCUCAAUAGCACAUUUUCAGUCUUGCCACAGAGGUUCCCGCAAUUUCAACAGCAUCGAGCAGUUUACAACUCCUUCAGUUUUCCAGGCCAAGCCGCUCGCUAUCCUUGGAUGGCCUUCCCACGCAAUAACAUCAUGCACUUGAACCACACAGCAAACCCACCUUCAAAUAGUAAUUUCUUGGACUUAAACCUCCCACCACAGCACAGCACAGGUCUAGGAGGGAUCCCUAUAGCAGGUAAGUGCGCUGAGAAAGCAUCAGUGAGCCUUGUUCAUGCCUUCAGCUUCUCUAAAUCAGAGUAGCGAGAAGGGGUUGAUGGUAUUUGGUACUGGAAUUGAUAAUGUAACUAUCAUGAUGGAAAUGUGUUUUUAUGCAUUUUGAAAAUGAAAUGUUUAGCUUGGAAUUUAGCCUUAUAAUGAGCUUUAUAAGGAAAGUGGAGUAUCAUAUGUCCAAUCAUCCUUAUUUCAAAAGUGAUUUUAUGAUUUACAUUGACAGUCUUGAUCAUGCUGUGGAGUUGAUCUUUAUUUUAAAUAUAUAGUUUACUUAAUUGCAGAAAUAGAUUACAUUUUAACUUUUUUUAAAAAAUGAAUUCUUCAGUCCCGGUUCAUGAUGCUUGGCACAUAUGGCAGGAAAAAGCUAUUUUUUUAUUUAUUUUUUGAAGUAUUUGUAUACUGCUUUCAUACAAUAUAUAUCCCGGGGUACUUGCACUUUCCAAAGUCAGCAGAAUGGAUAACUCAGUUACAGUGAUUAACAUUCAGUUUCCUUUUCACUCAAAUCUUUUUUAAAAAAAUAAUCUAAAAUGCCUGAGAGAAUAAAAAUGCCCCAACUGGAUGUCUGAAAAACAACAACAUAGGCACCAGAUGAACUUCACUGGGGAGGGAAUUUAUCAACCAAGGUGCUGCCAAUGCAAUAGCCAUAUCUUUUCUCUCCAUUGCCAUUUGAACUCUACCAUCUUCAAUUGUAUCUGAAAUCUUACAUUGAUGAGCCAGUAAAUUUAAAAUUGUGCAAAAAAUAUUCUUUAUGAUCCCGUAUAUGAAGCCAUCUGAUACCUAUACCAUUCACUUUAAUCCCUUGCCCUUCAUUUUUGUAACAUUUCACUCCAGCUGGCAUUAUUGUUUCCCGCUGGAAGAGUGUACUUCGUAGCUGACACACACAAGACUUUGUGGCAUAGCAAGCAUCACUUCAUGAUAAUACCUUUUGGAAUUUUAGAGCAAACUUCAAGUAACCUGUUCCUUCCAUCAUAACUUGCAGUGGUCUUCUCCUUGGGAUGUUUUGGGUUUACAGACCAUAUCUUAAACAGUGUGGAUAAUAUUGUUCAGUAAUAGCACCUUUUUAUUUCUGUAAACUAGUUUUCCUGUGCUUUAUUUUUCUUGGCUACUGUAACAAUUAUUGUUUUUUUUCUAUUCUCAUUAUGAUUCACUUAAAACAUUUAUAUACCAUCCAUUUCUUACUGAUAGUGACUGCUUAUGUUAGUAUUUUGGGAAUCCAGAGGAUUUGCAGCUUAUCAUAAAAUCUGUAACAUGGUCACAACACCUGUCUCUUCAUUCUGGUUACAAAAGCAUUUCUUUGGCACUUUAGUCUUAGCUUUGACUCUGGCUUAGAUAUAUAGUUUGAAAAUGGAAAAAGCUAGUAAUUAUGUCAGGAUAUAAAAACAUGCAGAGAAGCAUUUCAGAUUCUCCAUGUGACCCAGAAAAGAUGUCCGCUAAGAGCCCUCCCAUUCAUAUUCCAUUAGAUAAAAGGGGCCAUCACUGAACUUAACAAUCAGCUGUGUUAGUGUGGAAGUGAUGUUUGAAUGUGUGAAGUCUCUGAACUCUGGCCUAGCCUGAAAAAUCCAUUUCCUGCUCUUCAGUAGAAGAGAAGUCUAGAGCGGUGGUUCUCAAAGGGUGUGGCACAUCACAUUGGUGUGGCCAGAGAAGAUGGCAAGGGUUGCAGGAAGAUUCAAGGGCAAUCAAAGAAACACUUAACCAUUUCAGUGUAGUAUCGUGGAGUAUAGUAUCAUUCAUUCAUUCAUUCAUUUAUUUGCAAAAUAUGGAUAGAUACCUUUUCAAAAUCAAGCACUGCCAGGAGUUGUUUCUUUUUGUUCUCCAAUUUAUUUCUUAUCAAUAAAAAAAAUCAGUGUGGCGUGAGCAAUUUUUUAUUUUGAAAGUUGUGGUCCUGAGAAAAAAGUCUGAGAACAAUGAGUCAAAACCACCUUCUAAAUACGUGGUAUAUUCUGAAGUAGAGUGUUGUAGUGUAGUUGAAUGUAAUAUGUUUCUUCCCCCUUUGAUUUAGUAAACAUUAUGCUACUUGUAAAAUUUGUUUCUUUCACUCCCAUGUUUUUUCUUGCAAAAACUCUGUGGGCUGAGAAAGACUGGUCUAGUGAGCUUCACAGAUGAGUAAGGAUUUGAAUCUACUACAAUGCUUUGACUACACCACACAAACUCUUUAGGAACUCUGAACACAACCUACAGAAAACAGUAUUUGCUAAUUUACUUACUUAGAUUCUUAGCCUGUGCUAUUCAGAGGCUUGAUUCAAAAAUAGAUCUUUGAAGCUCUUUAUUGUAGUAGUGGUCAUAGUUGCUUUAGGGAUGCUAGAAGACUAAAACAAUGCAACUAAUAUUAUGAAGUAUAAAGCUUCUGCAGUAAGUUGUACCAGGGACAGGCAAGUUGGUUGUAUGGCAUAAACAGCUUGUGCUGAAAAGCAUUCAUCUCUUUAUGCGUGCAUGUGAAAAGUUUAUCAAAAAAUGAAAAGCCUGGGAUUUCCAAUUAAGUGUAGUAAGUUUAGUAAUUGCUAAGGCAACUUGGAAGUUGUGACUAGUUACCAUUCCUUGCUAGGUUAUGGAUAUUUUGAUGUUGAAAACGUUGUUUCUAAUGAGCAUUCUAGCAGCUUUCAAUAUCUUAACUUUCUGCAUAUUGUAUUAACCUUCCCCUUGACUCUCUUGAAGAAAUGUCUUGGCUUUAUGAUGUAUGUGCCUAUUAGUUUUCCAUUUAUGCGCUCCAUUUUAGGAGAAGACAGAUGUCCUUAAAUAAUUACCGUAUUUUUUGCACCAUAGCACUCACUUUUUUCCUCCUAGAAAGUAAGGGGAAAUGUCAGUGCGUGUUAUGGAGGGAAUGCCUACGGAUGGCGGGGGAAUCUGCUGCAGUCGUGAGCAGAGGAUCCAUGGUUCCCCUUCCUUUCCUCCUCCGUGGCUCGCUUUGAAACAGCAAAGAGGGAGAAGAGCCGCUGAGUGGGGAGGAGAGAGGGACAGAGAGCCUGCUUCUUUAAAGGAGCAAAGCGGGAGAGGAGAGGAGCCGCUUACACGAGUGUAAGCGGCUCCUGUCCGGUUGGCUUCUUUAAAGCAAGCAGGCUCUCUGUCCCUCUCUCCUCCCCACUCAGCUCGCUAAAUAGCAGCAAAGUUUUUCAGCUCGCUAAGCUGGGGAUGAGCGGGGAGGAGGGAGAAAAGCAGAGCCUGCUUGCUUUAAAGGAGCAAAGUGGGAGAGGAGAGGAGCCUUCUCCCCUUAUACCCUUCUUCUUCAUUAUUAGCAGCAUCCUUCUCCACCCACCACACAUGUGCUUCUUCUCCCCUUAAACCCCUCUUCUGCAUUAUUAGCAGCAUCCUUCUCCACACACCCCACGCGUGUUCCUUGUCCCUUGAGUGCUUUUCCUUCCCUCCCCACUUAAAACGUGGUUACAAAGCAUGGAUCCACAUGGAUCCUCAGGAUUUUUGCACUGGGUCACCCCAAAUUCACUGUCAGAUCACAUGUCUGUGGCCACAGCAUGAACCACAAAAAUCAUACAUCCACUGUUUUGUUUAGAAUAUUUUUUUCUUGUUUUCCUCCUCUAAAAACUACGUGUGUGUUAUGGUCGGGUGCGUGUUAUAGAGCGAAAAAUACGGUAUGUCAUCUCUAACAGAGCUUCUACCUUUCUGAGGCAUAAUAUGCAUGAAAUAUUUUUUGCUUUGCCCUUCUCCUGAAUUUUGCACCUUUCUUAUUGGAUAAAAAAUCUUUCUUGGCUUUUAGAUUGGUCUUUGAUGUACUUACUUUUUUAACUAAACUAUAUAUUUUAUUUACAAAUGGUGGACAUCAGGCAUCACUGACUUAGCCAUCAAUGUGAGAAAGCUAUCUUCAGAUAGUUUAACAAAUAUUUUAGUAAUUAUUGACUUCUUUUUAAAUCAUAGGAACAGUAUUUCCCAGUGGAAAUACUGUUUUCAGCAGUGCUAAACUUGAUUACAAGGCCAAAUACACUGAAUAUGUUAUCUAAAUUAAGUCAUAAUAUAAUUAGGAGUUGCAAGAGUUUUUUAUAUUAGUGUGGGGAUUUUACCUGCUAAUUCAGGGUCAAUAUGCAGAAAGGAGGAAUUUUUUUGAAUUUGCUGUUGAAUUUUAUGUUGGCGAGUUGCAUAGUAUGUGCUACUGAACUCUCAGUGUUGUUACAUUACAUAUUAAUUUUAUUUAUUAAAAAUAUUUAUAUACCACUCACAUGCAAAAUUUCAGUGCGGUGUACAGCAGGAUCUACAAAAGAGAUAAAAUACAAUUAACAGCAAUACAGAAUAAUUGUAAAAAUGACUGCCUCAUCUUAAAAGUGUAAACCAUUGAAUAGGACUGGCAACACAUAAAAAUCUUCAAGAGAUGUCUGAAUCUUAGAAGUGAGGAUGCCUGCCACAUCUGCUGGAAGAGAAUUCUCCAGUGGGGGACCAACAGCACUAGAUGCCUAACGUCUCAUCAAAAGCAGUUGGGCUAUUGAAACAACUAGCAUCACUCCUCCAGAUCUCAAUGAUCAAACUGGCAUAUAAGAACUCAGGCAGCCCUUAAGGUACUCAGAAUCCAAGUUGUUCAGGGCCUUCUAUAUUAAUAUAAGAGGCUUGAGCCUUGCCCUGUAACAUGGGCAGCCAGUGCAGAUAUUUUAGCAGUAGUAUUACAUGUUGCCCACCACCUCUUCCCAUCAACUAUCUUAGGUGCUGCAUUCUGCCCUAGCUGGAGCUUCUGGAUCAAUCCCAAGGGUGGCCCCACAUAGAGUGCAUUUCAGUAAUCUAGUCUUGAGUGCAUGGUCUAUGAUGGCCAGGUUAUCCCCAUCCAGAUAUGGCUGUAGCUGACCAGGUGAAGCUGGUAAAAAGCCCUCCAAGCAAAAAAGGAAACUUAGACUUUGGUUGACAAAGAUGUAUUCAGCUGUACCUCCAAUCUAUGUGCCUGCUCCAUCAAAGGGAAUGCAAACCCUGCCCUCCAGGGACAAAGCAGUGCCUGGUGGAAUCCUAUCGCAUAAGUGCUAGGAGGCCAAAAUCACUCUCCCCCCCACUCCCCAGUUCAUUUCUGGAUUUGACCAUGCAGGUAGGAACGAAACCAUUGUGAUACAAUGCCUUUUGAUACUCAUCCUGCUCAAUGGUGUCAAAAGCCAUGGAGAGAUCUAGUAAGAGUAAUAAGGGUCACACUUCUCUGUCCUUCUCUUGAUAAAGACCAUAAAUCAGGACAAUUCAGUCUUAGAAGCAGGGGACACAUUGAAGUGAAUCCAGAUAAUCAGUAUCAUUCAGGAAUACUUGGGAGUUGCUCUGCCACCACCUUUGGCACCACCUUCCCAGAAAAUUAGCCCAUUAUGUUUCUAGGCUCUUCCAGUGUUGUAUCAUCAUUGACUUUUGUGAAAUGUGUGGACUGCUUCAGAAGAUAAUUAAAUGGCAUCAGUCUUGCAACUCAUCCCUAUGGAGCUCCUCGUGUAGAAUAUGAUGCGACUUCCUUCUUGUUCUUGAGUGCAUCUUUUCUUCCAAAGGAAUGACUAAAAGAAGUAUUGGGUGUUUUGUUUUGUCAUUAUGUAUUAUGUAUAUAUAUAUGUACAUAGUGUUUUAUAGUUCUACCUGUUUUUUUAAAUAUUCACAUGUAUAACACAUUUGUACCCCGCUCUUCAGCCGUAAAAGCUCCCAGAGUAAAAAGCAAGGCAUUUACUGCCCACAGGCUUACAAUCCAAAUGAUACAACACAAAAGGACAAGGAGGGAAUGUGUUGAUCACUUUUUAGAUGUCAAAGCAGCUGGCCCAUGUAUUUGGUCUCAAUGUGUAACUCUUAUGUUAUUGUGAGCUUGCUUUACUACACUUCAGGGACCUUCAAUGGACUAGCUUGCCUAUUAACAGAUUAGAAAUGAACUUGGUUUCCAGUGGCUGAAACCCAGCAAUGUCCACUAGAGACAUUUUGUUUUUCUGGUUCAUAUUUUUCAAGCUUCUGUUCUGAGUUCUGACACUUGACUGGAAGCCUUCCUAGUUAACAUCUGCUAAUAGCCAGGUGGUCAUGUUCCAACCUCAGUGUAAGCUACAUAUGUGCAGGGUUGGAUGUUUGCCGAAGACAUUGCGGCAGGUUAUAGCCACAAUGCCAUUGUAUGUCAUGAUCUCUAGUAAUAGAGGGGAUGCUGGCAUAUCGUUUGGACCUCCAAAGGUGAGCUGGGUCUGUCAUAUAUUGUCCAGUAAAGUAUGUGCACUGGACCUUGCAUUCAUUUUACAUUAGACUAUUUAUCUCUGUUAAUUAGUUCCUUUCCUGUCAAGUUAACACAAUAUUAUUCUAUUCAAAGACUUUAAGGUGAUUCACAUUGCCAUGCUUUGCAUUUGCAUCUUUAACAUAUGCUUAGGAUCUGAAUUUAUUGCAAAUAUUAGAUACUCCAGCAGGCUUUCUUGAUUUCAUUUCCAUUGAGGGACCAAGUAGGUAGGAAAAAGGAAAGAACACCGGUGAAGAUGAGGCCCAAGUUCUUACAGAAAUAUAUUUUAUUUCCUGUUUUUCUGUAUCUUCUCACUAUCAUCAUUUCUGCCAAACUAAAAUAAAAGUGAAAAUCAGAUUAUUGUGUUCAAAGAGUCUAAGUAAAAUUAAAGCAUUAAAAUUCUGAGCUGAACAAGAAGAGGGCUUCCCUAGGCACAGUUUUAUCUUUAGUAUGAUAGUUCAUAAGGAUCAUCACCAUCAUACCUGUUCAUUUUAUGACCUUUUGUGUUGAUACCUUGUCAUGCUCGCUUUUGUCUGUUUCUGCCAUUUCUCCAUUGCCAGUAUACUUAGCAAACAUUUAAUUUAAUUAUUGCUGUUAGGGAAAUUACUGUGCUCAAACAGAUAGCUAGCCCACAAGAGGGCAAUCAGUGAGGAUCUUGUAUUCUCACGACUUUCCUGUUUCCUCCCACAGAAUGUUGAUUUAUUUGCUGGAAUAUAUGUGUCCAUAUCUUAUGAAUGUGGCAGUAUCUGUCAAGAAAGUCCUGUCACUUUGGGGGCAUUGCAGAUCAAGAGCAAUGCUUAAAAAUUAAGAUAUUACAGCAGAGCUUUAGAAUAGAACUAGCUAGUAAAUCUAGUUACCAGCACAUAGAGAUGUUAACGGAGAGAUCACUCAUUUUACUCUGCUAUAUUUCUAUCAAAUGUCAGGUCUAAAAAUGGGAAUUGAUUACCUCCCAAUAGCAAAAAAAGCAAAAGCUAAAUUCUGUGUUCUAUUCUUUAUAGUCCAUGUUCUGUUUAUCUGACCUUAUGAAAAGCGGAAUCUGGAUUCCAGUCUUUUCUUACAGAGCGCAGUGGUCUGCUGCUCUACAUAAUGGCUUAAUAAUUGUUACUAAGCACACAGUAGUGUUUAGGCCACUUUAUUUACAAGUCCCUGAAGGCUUCGGUCAUGAUCCAGAGCUGCACGCACAAUUGACUUACUUUCUAAGUUUCCCUUUCAAGUACUCCCCUUGCUUUACUUAAAAACCAUUUCCGCAAAGUUUGGAUGUAUUUGUAAGAUCUGUUCAGCAUUUCUCCAAGGUUCCAUUUCAGUUGCUCUCAUGCCAAAGCACGUAACUUGUUUCUAAACACACUUAAAGUUUAAAUGCUCUAACAGCAUUCGUAACACACAACAUAUGUGGUGUGUGUGUGUGUGUGUGUGUGUGUGUGUGUGUAUCCUGUCUAUAUUUUACUUGGAUCACAACCUUAAUUUAGAAUUUGCAGGGAAUGUAAUUCCACACCCCGAAACUCUUCCCUUUUUCUGAAACUCUUCAGUUUGAAUUGUAAUAAAUGUAAAACACAACAUAAAAUCAGAAUGACAUAUUUAAGGGUAUGUUCACUGGUUUACAGAGUAACUGUGAUGAUGCAACUAAACUGUGGUAUGAGAAAAUAUUUAUUUCUGCUCCAGUGCAUUUGGGUUUUUUAAGUGAAAUGCUUUGUUUUUCCUGUUCUCUCAGCUGCUUUUUUAUAUUAAGCAACCUGUAUACUUUCCAAGUCUUGUACAUAUACAGCGGUAUCUCAGAUUACUCAUUUGAACUUCAGUAUAACUAAAUCCUAAACUAGAGAUGGGCAGUUGAUGGGCCACAGUUGUGUUUUGGACAGACUUCCCAAUCCCAGGAAAGUAUGUGUAUAUAAAGAUAUCUGCAUACUAGGCCUUAGCCCUUUUCCCGGCAUAUCUUUUCAGACCUUGUUAAUUGCUGCUGCUUAUGCUGUAUAAAUACCAAAUUCCAUAUGAGUUGACAGUUCAUAGCUACUUCAAUAUUAUUAGAUGUCAACAUUGCUGAUAUUAAGAUUUGUAAGGAGAUAGUCUAACAAAGGAAAAUUACAAUGGCAUGAUUGCUGGCUCAAGCUCAAAAGUGAAGACACUUUCUAUAUGAAUAUGAAAUGGCAUCUUUAUUUUGUCUUGAUGAUGCCUAGGGGCUUUUAAGGGAUUUUCCUAGGUUUCAGUUGUGUGACUCGGUUUCAUAGAGAAAUAUAUAGUAAGGAGGAUUUCCUUAUUUGAUAAUCUUACUCAAAAUGAUGCUGAAAUGUGAGUCUAAGAGAAUUAACAGUAUUUUGCGCAUCAUUCACUGAAAGAGAAGUGUACAUCUGAAUUCAGCUUUGGUCAGGUUAGUUCUAAGGGGCACCUAGGUUGUAGAUCUGCUCUGUAAGGUGCUGGAGAAGUGUCCCACUAUCCAGCUGCCUGACAAAUUCUGAAGUAGAGAGCUAGAAUAUCAGAGUUGGGGCUUUCUACAUCUAGAGCAUGUACUUUACACUUUUGCUAAACUAAACUCAAACCCCAUUUCAAAGGUCUGCUUAUGUCAGUACAUCCAGGUUGCUAUACUACCAUGGAGGAGUUUGGUUCCAGAGCCAUGUAAGCUUUUAUUGUGACCCUCUUACCUAUUGGGAUAUUUUCCUGUAAGACAGCAUCAUGUUGUGUUUUAUUGAUCCUAGUUUAAAGUGAAAGGUGACACAGGUAAGCAGUAUUGGACUGUUUAGCUAUGUUACACCGUAGAGUAACUUACAGAAUUGAAUUGUCUUUUUUAUCAUUUUAGAUGUCAAAAUGCUUUUGUUAUCUAAUGAAGUUCUUACCAAAUAUAAAGCUCAAAGACUACCUGGGAACAGGUCCCAGAAUUAAAUGUCUACAUUUACCAUGAGAAUUGAAGGGCAAAACACUUCAAAAAGAGAGCCAUGAAAUGCAGAAUAGCUAUCCAAAAAUGGUGAUGGCUGCUUGCUGCACGUACGUAGCAGUAGAAAACAAGUGUUUUCUACAAUGUAACUUGUGGAGCAGCUUUCAGAAUUUAGUACAAAUGUACUUUACAUUAAAAGUCUCCUUUAUCUGCAUAUCUGCUAAGGGGGUUUAUAUUGCUAAGAUACAUUUUUUGUUUUGUUUGUAAAGAGUGUAUUGUUUGAAAAGAUUGCACAAACCGCCAGUGCUGGACUGCCGGCGCCUUGUCCGUUUUUCCUAUGUUGAUGUAUUUUGAAACCCCUAUGAAGUUUUUUCAGUACAUUAGUUGUCAUUGAAAUAGUAAUAUUGAAGGGAAGUAUUUUUAAAUUAUUCAGUUAUUCCAGAAAAAAAACUUUAAAGCUCUCUGAGAUGCAAAAAACAGAACCUACUGAGUACUAAAACCCUUUUCUCUGUGUGAGCAUACCACUUUGCUCUAUACUGCUGGUUUAUCUCAUUCAGUAUUAGCAGCAACAUCUCCAGGGCAGUGUUUUCUCAGCUCUGCAGUCUGAGUUCCUUGAGAUGUUGGGGAUUGAACCUUCUGCAUGCAAAGCAAGUCCUAUACUACGGCCCCUGGCUCUCCCUGGGCAUGGCAGAAUACAGGGCGUCAUACUAGAUUUUCCUUUCCUUUGGACCAGUCACUUCCCAUUCAUUGGUUCAUAGUCUUAGUCCUACAAAAUAACUGGCCAUGCAAAACCUGCUUAUUAUCAAAGGAGUUUCCAUGUACAGUAUGUACCAUAUUUAAUGGUAUGAUGUGUUCUUGGUAUGUUUAAUAAUGGUAUGUUCUUGGCGGAAUAGUCAGCCCUGGUCUGUAGGGUGAAGACAUCAGGUGUUAAACACCAUCUAACCCCAGGAUCAUUGGGUGGAAGAGUGUUUGAAAUGUAAUUGUUUCUGGAAUGUUUUUAACUGAAACUACUCAGUGCACAGAGCAAGCAUUGUAAAAUUCAGUAGAACUUAAGCUCUACAGGAGAAAACUAGUCGAGAGUAGGAGCCUAUGGACACAUGAUGUUCCUGAUGGUUUAACCAUGGCUAAACAAAAGAACUGUUCCUAGAAUCACUUAUCAUGAGCUGCAUUCCCCUCUUUGCAGGAAUACUUACUCAGCAGCAAUAAAAGGUGAGGCUCAGUCAUCCUCCAGAAGGUAGGAGACAAAGGAGAGCAUGAUCUCUUACCCUAUUCAUACCAAUUGACUAUGGUUAAACAAUUGGAAAAGUUACAUGUGCAUUGUCAAGAAGUGUGGAAUGAAGCAUAACGCUGGCCAUGAGUGUGAAAUGAAAAUUUUAGCCUCUGCAUAAAUUGGCAGCUGGCCAGUUUACGUGGUGAAUCUAGAGCCAUCAGAGGUAGUAUUCAUAGGGAGUGUGAAUGAACCAGAACCCUUUCGGUCUUUUCACUGUGUGCCAGACCGGUGUACUCCUAUAUUUCUCAUUUUUACAGAAGUCAGUUUGAAUAAGGCAUUGCUAACUAGUGUUAACUUCCACCAGUCCACCAGUAGUAACAGCUUCUGUUGUGAUGCCUCCUUUCCAAAGCUCUUGGGUUAUUUUUAUUUUAUUAUAUUUUUUUAUUAUUUAUUAGAUUUAUAUACCGUCUUUCAUCAAAGGACCUCAGUGUGAUUCACAAGAUAAAAAUAGAUGCUUUAAGAGAUGACGAUAAUCAUUUUAACUUGGAGGAAUACUUUACAGCUGAAUCUUAAAAUAAGCUGAGGCUUACUGAGCGGUGUACACAUUCUAACUUACUGCAGGUAGACCACGAGAUCACAGCCCCUUUAGCAUAUAUUUUUUUCAUUUUAUUUUUUAAAAAGACUUCUAUAUUCCCUCUGGCAUUACACUGCACAGGUGAAUUAUAGACUUUAGAUAGCAGAUGAGAUGGUUAAGUGCCUUGAAUAUUUUAUAGAAAGUUGGGCCUGGCAUCAGUACAUGAUGUGGUCAGUCAGAUGCUGGAGCCCAAAGGGCCCCAGCUGAGUCCACUGCUGCUCUGGGCUGGGCAAAGUUAUUCUGUUUUGCCAUUCUGCACUGCUGAGGAGCUGGAGCAAUGGCUAUAUACUGUCAGCGCUCUCAAAGUAGUAUUGCUUCAGAAUAAUGCCAUAACAGGAAAAUGGGUGAGGAAUUAAAAUAGACUUCAGCGCUCUCUGCAGUCACUCUACUUCUAUCUGCACCAAGCAGCAAGGAAAAGUUCUUAACUAAGCAGACUCAUAAUUCCACUCAUCCUUUGCUUUUCAGUGCUAAGGAGCUCUGAGCAGUUGCAGCAAAGGAGCCAGUUUAAUUGCUUUCCCGUGCCCCUGAUACUGUGCUGAUUCCCAGUGAUGCUAUGUCAGGGACUUUGGGAAGGGAUUAAACAGACAGCUUCCUGACUUACUGCAGUUGUUCAUAACUCCUCUCACCACUGAGCAGAAUGGAGGGAGAGGACUGCUUAAAUGGCCCACCUGGGCUGUAUAGGGACCCUUUAAAGAUUUGCUUGCUCUGGUGGAGUGCCUAGCAGUCUAGAAGAACAAAUGAGCUGUCUGUUUUGUGUCCCAUAUAGCAGCUCUCUGGAGCAAUACCAAAUUGGGGUCGUAGAGAAAUGCACAAUAACAGCUUCACACUGCAUACCUCAUUCUCCUCUCUGAGCCACCACUGCUGUUGAUGCCUCUGCUGCAACUCUGGACAUCCCUGUCAAUAAGUCCAUCAAGGGUAUGGCCAUUGCAGGGGACACUAUAGCCACUUCCCCUAGGUCCCCUUCAUACGUUUAGCUGGCUUUGGAUGGAGUAUAAAUGUUGGUGAUGGAUUGUGAUAAACCUGUGUCUGUCCUUCAUUACCUCUGAUUGUGCAUGAUGGGGGUGGGGGAGAGGUGGGGCGGGGAGGUAAGAUUCCCCCAUGGAAAAUUCAUAUGCAUAGGAAACUAGCCUUUCGGGGAGAAGGCUGACUUAGAGCCCAUCUCUCUGGCGCCUAGUUUUGUGUGCAGGGACUUUUUUUGCAUGGAGGAGCAGUUGUUUCAGCAAGCUUAUAUCUGCUGUCUGAAAUGUACAGUUGAGACACAGAUUAGCCACCUAAUUUGCUGUUUCUUAGAAUUAAGUCUUAGGUGUUGCAGGAUUACUGUGUCCCACCAUCUGGCUUUGGUAUAAAGCAUCUGACAGUGAAGAGCUUUGAACUAUUGAAACUAUCAGAGAGAGUUUGAUAGUUUGUCGUGUAUUCAGAAGUCCUGAAUGUGUGCUAGAGAAGGGUUUACUAAAGUCCAUUCUCCUAUGAAUCUGUGUUUGAAUUUAUUUGAACUAGACUGCUCCAGUCUGCUGGAUUUUGGUAUGUCAUAAUGUAUCACCUCAUGUCUGGGUUUUCAUCUCCAUCUAGUGGUGGAAAAGCAGAGAAUUGCUACCUGUGAGAUAAAUAUGAGUCUAGUAUCUUAGAUCAGCUAUCUUCAACCCUUUCAAAUCCAGGAUCUACUUUUAAUUCAAACAUGCAUUUUGGGAUCCAUUACUUAAUUUUUUACCAUAUAUCUGCAUGAUGGUUGUGCUUCUGUUGCAACCUACCUCGGAUCAGUCCACAACUUACUGGUGUCUCCCAACACACCAGUUGAAGAUCAGUAUAUUUGGAUUAAUGCUUCAGGAUUGGGAUUUUGUGCCAGUUCCAAGCUGCUGACAGCCUCAUGAGGAGCAUACAUUUCUUUAAAAGAUGCUUUGACUAAUAUUUUGAUCAUGUGAAAACUGAGACUAUAGUUGAAAAUGCUCUUUUGCAAUAUUUAGCUUUCCCCUAUAAAUUUCUGCCAUAGUUCUUGGAAAUUCACAGAAUUUGGAUCUUUGUGAGAAGGAGGUUUUUAUUUCUCCUUUUAUUCACCACAGCUGAGGAACGAACAGAGAAGCUUUCCAAGUAAAAUUGCUUGAAUUGCAUGUUGCCAUACCGCUUAGCAUCUUCUACUGUAUUCAAAUAAAAAAUGGGUUGUUUGCCCUAUUUAUUUAUUUCUUGGGGGUAAAGAGCAGAAUUUCCAUUUAAUGUGCAGGUUUAGGGGGUGACCACUGAGAAAAUAAUUAACUUUCAGUAAUGAUUCUUCUGCUCACUUGGAGUAAGCCUUAUUGAACAUAGACUAAUGAGAAAACAUGAACAAGGUGAGGCUACAUGAUAAUUAAUAUUGAAAUAUUAAUAUAUUGGUGCAGAUUAUGUUUGAAUUAUAUUUAUUAAAGAUACAAUUAGUCAAAGGAAAUUUAAGUAUUCUAAAAAUAGGAUGGUAUCAGAUUAAGUCAUACUCAGACCCACUGAAAUCAGUGGACUUAAGUUAGUCAUAUCCAUGUCAGUGAGUCUACUCUGAGAAUGACUUGGUUAAAUAUGCCCCAUACACUUCAGUUGAAGAAUGUCAAUUUUAUAACAAUAUAAAAACCACUGUUGCUAAUCUUCAUUUAAUUAAUUGCAUCAGCUUAAUUUCUUAACUACUUGAUCAAGAACAGUUUGUUAAAACACGGGAAGCAUUUAGUUUUAAAAUAUUUCAAUAAUAAGUUUUGAUUUCACUUAUUGAAGUUCAGGUACUCAUAUUCAUUUUCAAGAUUGUACAUUUCUUCCUUAAGCCUAAUUUACAAGGAAACAAAACAAAUGCCGUCUUUCAUUUCUUUGUGUUUUCAUUGAUGCAAAAAUGGAUUUCAUUCAUUAAAGUAUUUAUCCUCUGUCUCUCUCAUUUAAAGUAACUAUAAUUUAAAUAAGCUAGCAUCAUAAGCUAUGGUUUGAAACUGGGUGGUUUUGCAACUGACCAUAGUUUGUGUUAAACCAGUAUUCCUUGGUUCAGAUGAAUUAGGAAUUUAUGACUAGUUAAAGGUAAAUGUUUUCCAAGACUUUUCUGGCUCAUUCAUGUCACGAUAAACCAUGUUGUUGUGAUGUUAGAACACCACCAUUUUGUGUGUGAACAGCUACUUUUUAUUAGUAAACUUGUUCUGCGAUCAUAUUAGCAAGGAUUCCUUUAUCUAGCCCAUUGCCUUUUCUUAUAUUCAUCACUUUAUAGCAGAUACAUUUUUUGAAAGUUGGUGAUGCGCAUCUGCCUGAAAUUCAUGUGGUAUUUCUGUAACAUAGGUGACUUCUGAACAAGUGACAAAUUACAGAGAUGCUGCUAGAAAAAACAUUUUUGCUUAGCAGUUGCAAAAGUGACAAAGCAGUAUCACAUCAUGCAUUUGUGGAUUACACAUUUCUCACAUCACACCCAUUUCAUAAGAGUAAAUACAACAUUGACAGUACUUAUCCUGUUUAAAAGUUGAGCUGCCCUAAAUAGCACCUAUUCUGCAUUGUGGCUCAGAUUCCAUUCUGGUUUAUAAAGGAAUAUAACUCCCCUCUUACUAAAAUUUGAAUACCCUCUUUCUCUUUACUUACCUCAGGAGAAGGGGAAGAACAAACACUGGGGGCAGAAUUAAUAUUUAAGGACAAUAUUGCUUAAAGUCAAAGAUAAUCCAGUUAAAUAUUUUUUUAGUUCAGUACUUAGAAUGCAGGUUAAUAAAAUAUAUUUGAAUAAUACCAAAGCCUCACUAUGUAUUUUUUUUUGCCUUUUGCAAUAUUGAACUUGGCUGAUAAACAAAAGCUAUUCCAUAUAGGCAGUAUGGCCUUUCCUUAUGACAGUUUCUUAGUAUUACACAGAACAGGUUAACAGAAGACAGUCCCACCAUCCCUGACUGCUUGGCCGGUUUGAGUCCGACAAUAUGUGGAAGUCCCUCACCUUAAUAUCCUACUGACAGCUGAAUGUAGGUCUUUGUGGGAAGGAUGCCGUUAUAACACUAUCUCUUGUGUAGUUGAGGUUUCAAGGAGGACUGUGCCUGAGUUAGCCAAUCCCAGAGUGAAGUACUUGAGCACAGGGCUAUACGUACUCUUAAAUCAGGCAUCCCCAAACUCGGCCGUCCAGCUGUUUUGGGACUACAACUCCCAUCAUCCCUAUCUACAGUAACAGGACCAGUGGUCAGGGAGUUUGGGGAGGCCUGUCUUAAAUACUUAAGAAGAAAAAAAGUUGCUGAACUAGGGUAACCCUUUCUGAAUUCUACAACCUCUAUUAUGCAUUUCCCUUUCACCUUGUUUCGUUUCUAUCAUUUAUCUGCUCCUAACCAUUUGAGGAGAGGCCAGGACCAGCGAGGAGCCCUCAAGCCCCCACUCUACCUCACUAGAAAUAUUAUGCAGCCAUAUUGUCACCCUGGGCUCCUUUGUGAAGAGGGGUAGAAUAAAGAAAUUAAACAUAAUACUAUAUUUGGUUUCUGAGCUUUCACAAGUCAUUGAUCACAUAUGCUCCAACCCUUGCAGUUAAAACAAAGAAGCCAAGGUUCUCAGUAAGCUAAAUUCUGAGCCUGAAACCAUAUUCCUGUGUAGCAAUUAAUGUUUCUGCUGAAUUAAUGUGGUUAAGGUCAGCAGGGGAAGGACAAAGGGAAUUCAUGCUGCAGAAGGAAAGGAUGGAGAGGGGAGACAGAACCUGCCUGCCCACUCCUUAUUUGGUUAAUGGUAGAUAGCAAACUGGGAGUAUUAUAUCUACACCAGAUACCUAGUUGAGUGCACAGUGCAUCUCUCAAAGCCUAGAGACUGCUUUUUUGAGCACUUUUCAGUAUUUGAGAAGUAUUUGUCAGUAGUUGAGGACAACCUUACUGCUUUGGUUUAGCCCUGAAGUGAUAAGUAGUGUAGACCACCUGUUUCACGCAACAGUUCCUUUGCAGCGGUAGCUGAGAGGUCACAAUUUUUGUGCUUACUCUUACACACUGAUACUAAGUUAAAAUAGCUUUCAUUGGUUUACUAACAACAAAUAUUGAGCAACCCAAAUUAUUUCACUCUCUGAGAUGGGUGCCGUUUGCCUUUCAGUGCUUGGUAGUCCACUUCUUCUUUCCCAUGACUUGAACAGCCUCCAGGGUAACUUGUUAAAUAUUGUCCCCAUUUAAAUAAAUUACUGUCCACGCAGUAAUCCUCUGCCUAUGGCAGACCAUUUUCACUUAUUUUGCAAUUGAUUUGACUCUAAACCGUGGUCAUUUUCACAAUACCCCACGUCACCUUUCAGGUUUUGCUUUUAAAGUUUGCUUCUUGAGGAAAGGCAGUUAUGUACCCUUGGUUUGUGAUUUGAAGGCUGCAAUAGUUGUAACUUCAAUGGGUGGUGAGUGAUAAACAUUGCUCCUCUUGCUUGUUUGCUCUUUCCCCAUUUCUCUCUUGACUCCCAUUUCAGAUCAGCUCUUAACUGUAUAUCUGGAAAGGCCUUCAUGAGCAUGUGCUCAUCGGUACAUAGUUAGACCCCCCCCCAAAAGGAAUAUAGACAGUCUUCUUGUCAGACAUAGCUUGGGUAAAUGCUCUUAAUAGUGGACCUUUUUACAGAUAUAGAUUGAAAUCUGUCUCAUGAUUCUUGAGGAUGUUCAAUCAGUUAUAGAAAGGCUGUAUACUCUGUCCAAAUGCUAUUCACAAGAGAAGAAAGGUGACUCUGGAUCACUAGUUCUAGAAAGUAUUGUCAAGUAAUUAAUCCUUACUUUGUAUUCCCCUCCAAAAAAAUCUGUCUUACCAAAGAUGAGGAUUUGUCACUUUAAGUAUCCAAACAAAUAUGACAACUUAAAAACAGUUGCAGCAUUUAUUUUAUUUUCAAAUUCUGGUUUGGAUCCAGACUUGGCUAAUUCCUGCAAGACCCACUACCUAAGCAGAGUCCCACUCACGAGACAUUUCUUCUGGUGGAAGAGGGGGAGAUGACUUUUUAGUUGCCUGCUUCCCCUUCAGCUGCUUGUGUCCUCCAAAAAAACAAAAAAACCCCACCUGCUCCAUGUGGUUGGAGAACCCUCCAGAACAGCAUGGGAGGUGGUGCUGGAGCCUUCAGGCCAAAGGGAAUCAACAAGUUGUUACUUCCUCGUGUUUCACCAGCAGAUGAAACCCAUCUCAGUCACUUGUAGGUGUUUAAACAUAGAACUGAAAUAACAUACCUACAGAGAUCAGCAGAACAAGAAAGCUCAAAUAAAUUGGGAAUUAGUGGUAGUUGAACAAUAGAAUACCAUCUUAGUCUCUGUAUGGAAAUUCACAAAUCAAAUGAUCAUAUUUCUCCUUGCAAAAAAUUUUCUUUUUUUUUUUUUUUAAAGCAAUUUAUUGGGUUUUACAAUAGGAAUAAAUGUAAUAAACAAUAUAGCAUUCGUCUUAACAUAAUUUCACAUUUUCUUUGGACUUCCUCACAUCUCCCGCUCCCACCUUCAUCAUUAUAACAUUUUGUCAGCAAUUUAUCAUCUUAUUUAAAUUCUUAUAUCUCUUCGAUAUUUCAUAAUCUUAAAGUUCUCAUAAAGAGUUAAACUUUCACAACUUUUCUUGUUUCCUUAAAAAUUUCUAAGUUAAGUGGUGCUCAGUUAUUUAGUCCAGCAUCUUAUUCAGCAUUCAAUCAAAUCACAAUGUUUUUGUAGGUAGUUCUUAAAUUUCUUCCAAUCCUCCUCGAUUCUCUCUUCUCCCAGGUCACGGAUUCUGCCAGUCAUUUCAGCCAGUUGCAUAUAGUCUAUCAGUUGCAUCUGCCAUUCUUCCAGUGUGGGUAGAUCUUGGGUUUUCCAAUGUUUUGCGAGUAGUAUCCUUGCUGCUGUUGUUGCAUACAUAAAAAUGUCUGGUCCUUCUUUGCCACCCCUUGGCUGACAAUACCCAAAAGGAAGGCCUCUGGUUUCUUAGUGAAAGUAUAUUUAAAUACCUUUUUCAAUUCAUUAUAAAUCAUUUCCCAGAACGCCUUCACUUUAGGGCAUGUCCACCAGAGGUGAAAGAACGUUCCUUCACACUCUUUGCAUUUCCAGCACUUGUUAUCAGACAGGUGGUAAAUUUUUGCGAGUUUGACUGGGGUCAUAUACCAUCUAUAAAUCAUUUUCAUUACAUUUUCUUUCAAAGCAUUACAUGCAGUAAAUUUCAAUCCAUUACUCCACAGCCUUUCCCAGUCCUCAAACAUAAUAUUAUACCCAAUAUCCUGUGCCCACCUUAUCAUAGCCGAUUUAACCAUUUCAUCUUGUGUAUUCCAUUCCAACAGCAAGUUAUACAUCCUUGAAAGUAUCUUAGUCUUUGGUUCUAACAAUUCUGUUUCUAAUUUCGAUUUCUCCACCUGGAACCCUAGUUUCUUAUCACUUUUAAAAACUUCUUUAAUCUGAGCAUAGUGUAACCAAUCUCGCACUUUGUCUUUCAUUUUCUCCAAGCUCUGCAAUUUCCAAUUGUCUCCAUCUUUUCUAGUAUUUCCCAAUAUUUUGGCCAUUUGGCCUCCAUAUUGGGUCUUUUUCGGGCCUUAGCUUCCAAAGGUGAAAGCCACCUUGGUGUUUUAUUUUCCAGCAAGUCUUUAUAUUUUGUCCAGACAUUAAACAGUGAUUUUCUAACAAUAUGGUUCUUAAAGGCCUUAUUUGCUUUAACUUUGUCAUACCAUAAAUAUGCAUGCCAUCCAAAAACAUUGUUAAACCCCUCCAAAUCUAACACAUCAGUGUCUUCAAGAAGUAGCCAGUCUUUUAGCCAGCAGAACGCUGCGGCUUCAUAGUACAACUUUAAGUCCGGCAGGGCAAAGCCCCUCUUUGUUUUGCAUCGGUUAGUAUCUUAAACUUAAUUCUGGGCUUUUGCCCUGCCAGACAAACUUCGAGAUGUCUCUCUGCCACUUCUGAAAGCACUCCAUUUUGUCCAAUACCUGCAGUGUUUGAAAUAAAAACAACAUUCUUGGCAAUACAUUCAUCUUAAUCGCAGCAAUUCGGCCUAACAAAGAAAGUUUCAAUUUUGACCAACUGUCUAAGUCUCUCUUAAUUUCUGUCCAACAUUUUUCAUAAUUAUCCUUAAAUAGACUUAGAUUUUUGCUGUUAUGUUUACCCCUAGGUAUUUUACUUUUUAACCACAUUAAGUUCCGUCUCAUUCUGAAACCGUUCUGACUCUGUCUCAGUCAGAUUUUUCCCCAAAACCUUAGUUUUCUGUUUGUUUAAUUUAAAUCCCGCCACCCGACCAAAAUCAUUAAUCAAUUGUAAUACUCUUUUCGUACUAGGCUCUGGCUUCUGCAAGGUCAAAACCAGGUCAUCUGCAAAAGCUUUUAAUUUAUAUUGUUUCUGACCAACCUGAAUUCCUUCCACCAGCUGGUCCCCUCUAAUCAUGUUCAAUAGCACUUCCAGGACCGAAAUAAAUAACAAAGGGAAAUAGGGCAACCUUGUCGUGUCCCUUUUUCAAUUUUGAACUCUUCUGUAACCACAUUAUUAACUAUCAGUUUUGCUUUCUGUUCUGAAUAUAUCGCCUCAAUCCCAUUCUCAAAACCCCGUCCCACUCCCAUCUCUUUUAAGUUUCCCAUCAUAAAUUUCCAAGAAAUGUUAUCAAAGGCCUUCUCCGCAUCUAUAAAAAUUAAAACAGCUUUUGUAUUUAUGUCAGUUUGGAGAAGUUCCAAAAUAUCAAUAAUGUUCCUUGUGUUAGCAAACAAAUGUCUACCUGGGAGAAAACCGGCCUGGUCCUUAUGAAUUACUUCAUUUAAAACUAUUUUAAAUCUACUUGCCAAAAUAUCUGCAAAUAUUUUGUAAUCCACAUUUAAAAGGGAGAUGGGACGGUAGUUCUUCAGUUGUGUCUUUUCAGUUUCUGACUUUGGUAUCAAUGUGAUAAACGCUUCCUUCCACGAAUCCGGUGCCCUCUUCCCCUCCAUAAUUUCAUUGCUAACCUCCAUCAAGGGUUGUAUCAAAUAGUCUUUUAGUGUCUUGUAAUACUUGGAGGUCAGCCCGUCUGGCCCUGGAGAUUUGCCAAGUUGCAUGUUCUGAAUAGCUUGUUCAAUCUCCUGUCGUGUUAUUUUAGAGUUCAGGAUUGUCCUAUUUUCUUGUGACAGUUUAGAUAAUCCAUUUUUGCCAAAAAUUGUUUAAUCUCAACUUCGUCUUGCGGCCCUUGGGUAUAUAAUUUUUAAAAUAUCUCUGGAAACACUUUCUAAUGUCCACUGGAUUCUGAAUGUUUCUUCCAUCAACCUCUAAAUUUGUAACCGUGUUUAAUCUUUGUCUUCUCUUCAACUGCCAGGAUAGCAGUUUUCCACAUUUAUUCGCCGACUCAAACGUUUUUGUUUCAUUAAUUUGAUCUUCCAUUCAAUUUCCUGAUUUAUCAAUUUAGAAUACUGUGUUUGAUACAGUUUAAUUUCUCUCAGAGUUGGCUGUGACUUUGGAUUCACUCUUAAUUUCUUCUCUAAUUCUUUUAUUUUAUCCAAAAUCUUGUCUUUUUCUCAUUUUGUUUUUUUUCUUUACUACAUUCUGUUGUAUCAGGAAUCCCCUCAUGACAGCUUUGCUUGCGUCCCAGACGAUUCUUUUUUCCACCGAAUUGUUCAUAUUUAUCUCAAAAUAAUCUUUCAAAACUUUUUGGGCCUUCUUGGUAAUUUCCUGAUCUCUAAACAAAUUGUCAUUCAUCUUCCAUCUAAAGGAUCCAGUUGGUAGUAGUGUCAUGUCCAUCUUUACUGCGUUGUGGUCAGAACAGGUCUUUGGGCAGAUUUCCACUUUUCUAACCCUAGGUGCCAGGCCUCUAGAGAUCCAUAUUUGGUCGAUUCUUGUCCAGGUCAGUUGGGCUUCAGAAAAGAAUGUUCCUUCUCUACCUAGUGGGUUCUUUGUUCUCCAAAUGUCGAUCAAAUCCAUAUUGUCAGUCAUUUCAAAAAAGGUUUUAGGUAGUCUGCCAUCUUUUGUGAUGUUUUGACUUUGCGACUUGUCCAUGUUAGUUGACACGACCCCGUUCAUGUCUCCCAUCAUUAUGAUGUUGUUGUAAUCCAGAUGGUCCAGCAUUGUCCCCUGCAACUUCUUGUAAAAUUCCGAUUUCCCUUCAUUAGGCGCAUAGAUUCCUAAUAUCAGCAGUUUCUCUCCUUGAUAUUGUAUCUCAAUAGCCAAAAUCCUUCCAUGUUCAUCUUUAAAUAGAAAUUUAGGUAACAGGCUCUCUUUUGCAUAUAUCACCACUCCUCUCUUCUUCACUUUAUCCGACGAAAUAAAUUCCUGGCCCAAUCUGUAUGGAAAUUCACAAAUCAAAUGAUCAUAUUUCUCCUUGCAAAAAAUUUUCAACAUUCUGUUUUUCUAAAUACACAUGUCAUGUCCAGCUUAACUUUUUUGUUGAUUAAACCUUUUAUAGAAUUUGGAUGUGUAAUCAACAGUUUUUAAAAACAUAAUUUUAUAAUGGGAAUAAGCUGCUGUGUCCUAGGAUUCAUGUAGUCAAGCAUUCUUUUGUUAACAGUGUCUACCUAGUUACUUCUGAAUCUAAUGCUUCCAGGAUCUAAUACUCAGAGGGGUACUGCCACCGGACAUCAAAGUGCCAUUUAGUUAUCACAACUAGCAACUGUUGAUAGGCCCAUUCUCCAUAAACUUUGCCUGUUCCUUUGUAAAUGUGAGCUAGUCAUAUCUUCUGGUUAUGAAUUCUCUAAGACUUGAAGUCUUAGUUGUGUGUUUGACUGGAGUUCAAAGAAUGCCAUACAAAUAUUCCUAAUACUUCUAAUAUUAGUAGAGUAAUGAUUUAGUACUGGUCAUUUCUCUUCCCUUAGAGAGACUGAAGCUAGUAGUCCUGUAUAUGAGUGUGGUUCUUUAGUGUGUCAUUCAUAACUUCAGAGCAGGUUGGAAUUCAUCUGAAAAGACUUAGGGAUUUCCUUUUUCUUCCGAGUCUCUGUGCUAAAACAGGUUCUCCCUACCUCUGACAAAGUACAAGUGAUGUAUAAAGUUUUCACAAUUCUCUAACCCUGUUCAGACUCUGUAGCAUUGUCGUGCAUCUUCUUCAGUAGGAAGCUGUUAGAACUUCUUUGGUAAAUCUAGAGAGAUCUUGUCACUGGACAAUGGGAGCUUUCAUCUGAAGAUGUUGUGUUUUUUCUUGCUAGUAAUGAAAAUCAGUGUGUUUUAACCAUUGUGGUUUCAACCCUGAUUUUCAUGGGGAAGGACUUUUCUCCAUCACAUGCUUAAGUAAUAGUGCGUACUAUGGCAGCCCAACAUUCAAGCUUCAUCUUGAUUUAUCAUCAUUGCCCCAUUCUCUUGAUAGGGAAUCAGUGUUAAAUGCUUAGAGAACCACCAUCUUUCACUAAAAACAGCAUCUGUUUCUAACUUCAGCUUUUUAUUUUCUAUCUUUCAUUUUCUUUUUUCUUUUUUGUUGAUAAAUCUCCCAGACAACAACAGUUCUGUAGAGAGUUUAAAUAUGAAGGAAUGGCAGGACGGGCUAAGGGCACUUCUACCGAACAUUAACAUCAACUUUGGUGGACUGCCCAAUGCUACUUCCCCCUCCAACGCCAACCACAGUGUACCAACAUCCAACACUGCCACCACCGACAGCCUGAAUUGGGACAGCCCUGGCAGCUGGAUGGACCCCGCAAUCAUCACAGGUAACAAUUUCUCGCUCAUUCAGCUCCACUGAGAAUUACCAAGUGCAUAUUUUGCACAAAUUAAUCAAUGCUUUUUUUGGAAGAAAGAAAGAAAAAGCAACUCUAUGCGGUGGUCUCUUCCAGCUUCCAUCCACCAAACUUUCUAGAGGUCCAAGCAUCUUUUUGGGGGAAAACCCUCCAUCCCAAUAUCUGUUGCAUGUUCAGCGUCUUCCCAAUACAUCUUUAGACUUUAGUAGGUUGCCCUGUGAUCUAAUGGCUUGCCAGUUCUGUGCAAUGAAAUUCCUUAGGCACUGAUACAUUAACUGGACUCUUUUUCAUUAAAAAGGAACAUACUCCACUUGUUUAUAAAGCUCUCUUAUAAGGCUAUUUGUGUUUCCCUUUUAAAGGCUAAAGCAUGAUUAGGAAAAAAGUAGAGGAUCAUACGGUAUCUGGUAGAGCUAGAUUGUGAAUAAAUCUCUGGAAGAAUGUUGUAGAAAGUGUGAAAAGUUUUCCAAGGGGCAAAUGUUUCUUGUGAAAACUCAACUACUGUUUUGUCUGGAACAUGGUUAUAACAGUCCUUUGUACAAACUAAUAAUGUUUUCUUACCAUUGCCAUUGGUUAGGUUUAAGCUGACCUACUUCACAUUUGAAGUUCUUGCUUGCUCUGACUUAACCUCUUUCUCCUCCUAUGUUUUCUCUUCUUCCUAGGUAUCCCAGCCUCCGCUGGAAACAGUUUAGACACCCUUCAAGACGACAAUCCACCACACUGGCUAAAAUCUCUUCAGGCUCUCACAGAGAUGGAUGGCCCCAGUGCUGCCCCGACACAGACCCCCCACAGUAACCCCUUCAGCACACAGAUUCCUCUGCACAGAGCCAGUUGGAAUCCUUACUCCCCACCUUCAAACCCCGCCAGUUUUCACUCUCCUCCCCCAGGCUUCCAGACAGCUUUCAGACCCCCCAGUAAAACCCCCACAGAUCUACUACAGAGCUCAGCGCUGGAUCGUCAUUAGGAAAAGUUCAAAAACAUUAGAAAUGCAGGAAUUGCCCCACCCAGACUUCCUACACCCACCCAUGGUCCCUCCUCCACAUCUUUCUUUCUGAAGAAUCCAGUUCCUGAUCAAAACUCUUCCCCACCAGCCUCCAAAUGCAAUGCAAUCACAGGGUCAUAACCAUAUCUCUUUUUUUAAUUUUAUUUUAAGAUUCUGCUAAGCCAGUGUUUGAAAUACACUGAUGAAUUUUCUUUAAACACACAAAGAAAAAAGAGAGAGAGAAAUCAAAAGUGCAUAAAAAGGAAAAUAUUAUUUUCAUAAAUCUUUUGCACGGAAUUACUUUAGCCUAGCAGAAAAUGUCAAGUAGGGGGAAAUAAUAUAAAAUUCAGAAUCAAAUGCAGCGAUGUAAAAGCAGUUUAAUUUAAAUGAGAGAUUCAAGGUAUAGGGGGGGAAACCAGUGGCCUGGCAUUUAUUUUGCAUUCUGUGUGUCAGUAUGCAGGGAGAUAGCCCCCCGCCCCCUGUUUGGGAGGGUAGGACAGUAUUGUCAGUAAGAUUUGUCAUGAAGUGGGUUGAAGGACAGUUUGCCUGUUGAAAUAAACUGACAUGUUGCCUUGUUCCUAAGAAGUGGUUUAACAGAGGGAUAUUUUAAAAUUUUGGCUUUAGAUUUCAAGUAAACGUAAUGUUUUAAAAAUAUUCACAGAUUUAAUACCUAGCAUAUACAUGAUAUAAUUAUAAGCAGCUGAAACACGAGUGAUAUUUACUUCAGUCUUUCUGUCUCCUUGUCAUUCUCUCUUUCUUUUUUUUCUUUUCUUUUUUUAAAAAAAUCACCUGAUUAAGGCACUCUGGGAUAGCACUGCAUUGGGGCCACAUGAUCACCAUCAGGAGCGCAACCUUUGACGACCUCUGCCUGCAGCUUUUACUUAACCUUGUAGUUUCUGGACGUUUGUGCAGUAUUGAAAGACAGGAAAAGAGAAACAGAUAAAAUUAAACAUGGUUAUAACCUGACUCUAAAACUAAAAACAAGGAAAUGUACCUCUUUCUUCAGAAUUAAAACUAAAAUCUUAAAUAAAACAGAAAACUUGAUGACA